AUGGCCCCCCGGAAGCGUGGCGGCGGCGGCGGCGGUGGCAUCUCCUUCAUCUUCUGCUGCUUCCAGAGUGGCAGCGACCACCCAGAGAUCACCUACCAGCUGCGCGAGGACUUUGCCCUGCAGACCAUGGAGCCUUCGCUGCCCAUGCCAGGCUAUGACGAGCUGGACGGCAUGUUCUCCGAGUUGGUGGUACGUAGCAACCAGAGUUUCCUUUUUGGUAUUAUUGUCAGUGUUGUCAUGAUUUAUCUUCUGAACAUGGGCCACAGUUGGAAAUGAGCUAUGUUGCUAGCUUGUUCUCAUAGACCACAAGCAAAAAAAAGCAUACAUUUACAUGUUGCUUAUGAGUGCAUUUCACACUACUUUUGGAUUACAAUUGGAUUGUAAGGCUCGAAUGUCCUGCUUAAUAUAAUGUUUGUGUAAUCGUCGCUAACCAACUGCAUUAAACUUAAAAAUCACUUCAACUACAACCAGUAAAAUGCUAUUUUUCCUCUCGUCUCAGUUUAGCUGCCUUUUCUCAUCCUUUCAGUCUGUUGCUCUCACUUCUUUCCCCUGCCAUCCACUGCCUAUGUGGUCCUCUGACAUGGUUGCCACACUUAUGCAGGCCGCCACCAGAUCGUUUUGCACAUCAAUAGACCCCAUUGAGAGGCCCUGUGUCUUGGCCUCCUCCUUCUGCUAAUUGCUUGUUUUUGUCUGGCCCGCCCUCCCUCUCUCCAGCCUGAAUUGAAUAAGUGGAGUGUGACGACAAAGGGGGCUUCCAGUCGCUAUGUUUUCACUGAGGGGAUAGACACAAGCCAUCCACCCGCCAUCCCCCAUUUGUCUGGGUCGGAGGUAAUCUCAGUGAAAAGGCUUGAAAAGAUUAGGGCUGGCAGGGAGAAUGGCGGCCACCUAUAAUAUACCAUUACCAUUACACUUGAACUUUGGAUAUUUAACAGAUUUAUAUUCUGCUCAACUGUAGACAUAAAGGGGAUUGUUUGCUCUUGUAUAAGGAGGGGAGGGCAACCAGGUGGUUGUCCCUGUAGUCUUGAAUAUCCUUUAUCUCGGGUGUCCUUUCCCUUGUGACCAGUGACAGGCUUGUGACCACUAGCCUGGUAUUGGUCAUGGGGCUAGAAGGUAUGAAGGAAACUGUUUGAGACAAUUCCAGCAGCAUUUAGUCUCCCAUCUAAGGAUCAGCCAGGCCCGAUCCUACUUAGCUUCAGAGGCAAGCCAACAGCGAGAUGCAGGAUGGUAUUACAUGGUAUAGUAUGGCGACUAAAUCAAACGAAUGAUGAUUGUCCCCUUCAUAAAAGCUAUUUUGUUAUUUUAUAACAAUGCAGCAGUCACUAUCCUUGUAGGAACCUGAAUUGAUUCCUUGAGUCAGAUAGAUUGUAGAUGGUGAGGCACUCUAUUCUCUUGUCAUAAUUUAAUUCAGUCUGCGUGCCACAGUAACAAUUCUAUCCUUUGUCUUUUGGAUCGUUUCCACAAAAAUAGUAUAUUUUGAGUAGUGUAACUUGGUGAGAAAAAAAAGUUGUAUUUCUUAUAAUUUUAACAUUCUGUAAUAAAGAGCACAUCAGAUUAAUAAAAAAAGUUUUCCCAUCUCAAGAGGUUAAAUAUAAAAACGACUAUAGUAAAUGCCAAAUUAAAUAACAGGGUUGAGCAUAACAGGGUUGACGAUUUCACCUUAAAUCAGACAUCAAUCCCAUUGUGACAAGAGGAAUGGAAGCUUGUUGUGUGCAACAGGGAGAGGUAAUUGAAUGCAAGUUUUAAAAUAUAUAUAUAUUUAUUUUUACAACAUUUCUAUCCAUGGGUAACAGGAUUGACAUGUUAAACUCAACCCGCUCAGUUUUCCACCACAAAACACCAGAAAAUGACCAAAAAGAGUAGAACCAUCUCACUUGCUUUUACACUGAUUUUACUAUUAGAUGUUUGUUUCUUUAAAAAAUAUAUAUAUAUAUAUAAUAAAGGAAUCGUUUCACCAUAAUAAAACGAAAGUUCAGUUCACAUAACAGGGUUGACCUUAAAAUGAGGGACAGUUGAUUUUUUAAAUGAAUCAUUAAUCCCAUGAAAUAAAUCAUCUCCAGAAAGGACUUUGUCGAACUAGUGCUUUACAAUGAUGGUGAAAACAUGGAGGAAUUUGGGGGUUAAGUAGGUAAAAAGGGUGCACAGAGGGACAUGCCAAAAUGCAGAAUUGUAGCAAGUCUUUAUUCAUAUAAAACAAAGCCCAUUUAUACAUUUUUUUUAUGUGGUCUAUCUUAUAAAGGGCACUUCAUUUUAAUAUAACAGGCUUUUAAAAUUCAAUAUUGGUGCACACUUUCUACUUAAAAUACCAAAGGGAUGCAAAAGGGACUCAUUUCGUGGAACGACCCUUUUGAGUCGCUAAGUUGAAUCACAGGGCAUAUGAAUUGAGCUGCCACUGGCCUUAUAACUAGCGUAGAGCCUGUGCUAAUAUGAUUAGGGAAAAUUAAAAAUUUAAUAUAUUUUACUGCACUUUCACUGCGUCUUUUUAAUGUUUUGUGUCUGUAGGCAGAUGCUGGAUAAAUGUGGGGAUUUUCCCAAAGACUGUAGGACAGUUGGUGGAGGCUGUAGUGUUCCUUGGUGGAGGCUCUGAGAUGCUUGAAGUCUGGCGACUUCACCGAGCAGCUCACAGAGCAUGGAGACAUUGCCAGUCUCAUUUUAGAUUGUGUCAGAACAUCUUAAGACCUCAAUGGCAAUCUGCGUGCUGCUGUCUCUAGCCAUGAAUGUCGCAUGGAAGCAUCUUGUAAUGCAUCUUUGUAAUCUGUCUUUUUUUUUUUACAAUGUCCAAAAUGUUGCAUCACAUGCUAUUGCUAGCUGAAGUGUCGUCCUGUGUAUUGGUGUGCAACAAGCGCUGUUUUGUGGAGAGAAAAUACAUUAAACAUAGUUGUACUGAUAGUUAGGCUUUGCCUUUUAUAGGCCCAAAUAGACACUUCCCUGGGGAACGAAAGAGAGUAACCUAAUUGUUCUUCUGAACCACAGCUGUACCUCAAAAGGAAUACCAUAUUAGGGAAAUACUGGAAGAUCCAUAAAUCAUAUGCUUAAUGUUAAACUGAGAUUAAUUUGGGAUUUAAAAGGCCAACCAACUAGUCCUGUGUCUUUUUCUUUGUCUUGGUCUUAUAAGUGGAAUAAAACAAACUCAGUCAUAUUAAAAUAUAUUUAGACCUUGAUUCAAGAAAACCUGCCUCAGCAAUGUUUAUACAGUACCUUUGUUUAUGCAACGAGCUACUGCCAGGCAGCGAAGCCUUAUUCUGAAACUGGAAGCAUCGUUCGAAGAGCCUUCUUUGUCUUUACUCAACACAAAACCAGAUUUUAUUUGACUACAGGAAAAAUGGGUUUGUUUAUAUGCUACCACAGAAAUCAAAACACAUCCGGACAGGAUUCAAUUGGACAUGUAGCAAUGCGCAGACAUAAGCAGUGACAUAAGUACAAGUGUGAGUCUUUGUUGCUGUAUUUGUCUAUUGCUGUACAUCUAAGAGUGAAAUUGAUUGUUUGAAUUUUCAGGCAUUGUUUUUGGCUUGUCUGUAUCUUGAUAUCUCUAGCACUAUAUGGUAGUUGAUUCAGAACAGCCCCCUUCUUGAUGGCCCUAGGAGGAUAGGCUACUGGAGCUAGGUAGGAGAGGCCUAUCUGGUGAGGUCAUCUAAAGAGGCCUUCAGCCUCCCACUACUCAUCAGCUGGCAGCUUGGCUCAUCCCUGCCUUAUGACAGUUAACUUAAGCUCUACUGGCUCUGGUUUCCCUCAACAUGCUAUCUUUCAUAGCAUUCGUUUAUACACAACAUGGGAACUCUCUGGCCCUGUACACAUAAAGUCUGCAUAAAGCCCACUAAGGCCAUUGCCAGAUGUCUGUCAUGGCGGGCAUCUUUUGAACGUUCCCCCCCCCCACAAACAUAAAUAACAUGUUUGAUGACCAUGACACAUUGCAAUGAAGGUCAGAUGUCUCAUGAUGACUUUGAUGUAUGUGUUAUGUUGCUAGCUGAACUAUAGAUCUUGAUAUGUAAUGCUAUAAUGCUCUAUAAUUUUAAUCUUAUCAAUGGAUUUGUUUGAAAUGACAUGGAACUCUUUCCUUAUUACUGUGGUAAGGACAUUUGUGCCUGUCAUAAGUCUAAGUGUAGAAGCAAAUCCUUGUCUAGGGUUAGUGACUAUUAUACAAUGUUGCUUUCUUAUAUGACGCCCAGCUGACCAAGUCCUGUCUUUGAUCAGUGGCAGGUUGACUGGAGUGCUGUCCAGUGAGCUUGAAGUGGAGGUUGGUGGAUGGAGCCUUGGGUGCCUGUCUGCCAUUUUCUUUUUUAUUUACACAGCUAAAGCUCUGAAAUGGAGAUGGCCUUUGGGAAGCAUAACACUAGCUUGUUAUCAUUAUGCUACUACUUCAGAUGAAACGGCUUGGCUGGUCGGCUUUGCAUACGGAUGACAUGCAAAGCCGACCAGAGCCGACGUUGACGUACUUACAUUUACAUUUACAUUUUAGUCAUUUAGCAGACGCUCUUAUCCAGAGCGACUUACAGGAGCAAUUAGGGUUAAGUGCCAUGCUUAAGGGCACAUCGACAGAUUUUUCACCUAGUCGGCUCGGGGAUUAGAACCAGCGACCUUUCGGUUACUGGCACAACGCUCUUACCCACUAAGCUACCUCUAGUUUAAAACAAUUGUAACCUGUUACUAUGACUGCCUCCACAGGGUAACACAGGCAAUUAAUACUAAAUGAUAAGGUAAUGGAGAAUAUUAAAUACUCCAUUCAUAGUUUUCCCCCCAACAUGUUAGCUAUUAUGUUAUGUUUUUUUCUACUUUGUAAUGUAAUUAAUGUCCUACAUUUCAGAAUAAAAGCUCUGUUUUAAGCAUUGCACAACUAUUUGCAAUGCAUUGGCCACCUCCUAACCAGAAAUAGAUGUCUCAUGUCCUAUAUGCAACGUUGGCUAAAAUGCUUCUAGCGGUACCACAAUGCCACGCGCAACAGAAACUGAGUAUUAAUUUUCCACAAUCAAUGUUCAUUGAUACUCUUGUUUUAGUAGGGUCUGCUCUGUUCUACAUUUUGGGAGUUGAGACAUAAAAAAGGUAUAAUUUCAAAAGGUUAAGUUCUCGUCUAUUACAGUAAAAUGUCUCUAAGCGUUUCGGUGUCCAUAUGACCGAUUCUGUUGGACCAAACCUCAUGUAAAUGGCGAGUUUAAACUGCAUGUUGUCAGAGAGGAAGAAGUUAUCUUUCAUCAUUGUUGUUGUGAGUGUGUAAAUGGGAAGGUGCACACAGCACAGAAGGAGCGAAGGAGACGAGACCAAAAAGACAACGCUCAUAAAAACGAAAUAAAAUACAAAUCUAUAUUCUUGCCAUACAGGCAUUUGGAACAUCGUGCUAAAACAUACAUUGGAAUUAAUUCUAUAUAUCGCCCAGCCAUAGCAUGACGCUAUUAAUUAUGCACCCAAAACAUCUGGCUUGCGUUUGAUCUGGCUUGCGUGUUACACAACAGCACAGGUACUAAUUUAACAAUUCCACGGGUCCGCCACUGCCGUAGCUGAAAAAUAAUUAAGAGGAAGAGCUCCUCCACCCUGCAUCCCUUCCCAGUGGCUCCCUGCCCAGAUAGGAACCCUAUGAACACAUGUGAGAUAGUGUUCAGUUCCAGAGAGAGUGCCUGUUUGCUGCAAAUGUGGUUGCAUGCAGAAAUUAUAGUUGGAUAGUCGAGCUGACUCUCUCACACCCCCCGCCCCACGAAGACAUACCAGUACACACAUUUUCUACACAGACUUGCAUGCAUGCUCUGACAUAGUUAGUACUCACACACAGUGCACAUGGAUAUAUACAGACACAUGGACACCAUUAAAUUAACAUGACAUGUUAAUCAUUUGACAGACACUUUGGCUAAGACUGACUUACAAUAAGUCUAUCCUGGCUUUGUUGAUCACUUUGUUCACUGUCCGAGGGAGGAAGUCUUUUUAGGUUAAAAUACAUUUAGAGAACAAUGCAGUCUCUAGUCUUGUGUGGUUGUCGGUGUUGCUAUCAGAGGUUUGUGGCAAAGAUUUGGUUCUGCAGUACCUGAUGAAAGACUUAUUUUGAUUCAUACAGUGCAGUAGGUUUUCUUUCAAGACAAAAAUGUAGCUCACUGGCCUGUGAGCAUUUGCUUGCAAGUUCAUUCUUGAUUGUUGUUACUUAAAAUCAUGGUAUUUUUCUUCACAUGACCAAGACCCAUAUCCACAAAGCAUCAAAGAUGCUUAAAGAUCUAGACAAACAGAAAGCCACAGGACUGGAUAACAUCCCAGCUAGAUUCCUUAGUGAUCGUAUCGGACCUUAUGUAACACACAUCAUCAACCUUUCCAUUCAACAUGAAAGGUACCACAAGAGUUGAAGAGUUGUUCCUUUAUACAAGAAAGGAAGCAAAGUUGAUCAAGGGAACUACAGACCAGGGUCAAUCCUGAGUGUGUUGUCAAAGAUUUUAGAAAAAGCACUCCAUGAACAGAUCAUAAAGUACAUUGAUGACCAUUACAUUUUAUAUGACCUUCAGUCCGGUUUUGGACAAUCCUAUUCUACCAACACUUGUUAUAAUAAUUAUAAUAUAAUAUGCCAUUUAGCAGACGCUUUUAUCCAAAGCGACUUACAGUCAUGCGUGCAUACAUUUUUUUUGUGUAUGGGUGGUCCCGGGGAUCGAACCCACUACCUUGGCGUUACAAGCGCCGUGCUCCACCAGCUGAGCUACAGAGGACCUUGUUUACUAUACUUGACAGAUUUUAUCAACAUUGAAGGUCCCCAAGAACACAGUGGCCUCCAUCAUUCUUCAAUGGAAGAAGUUUGGAACGACCAAGACUUCCUAGAGCUGGCCGCUCAGAUAGAGCUCCAGAGUUCCUCUGUGGAGAUGGGAGAACCUUCCAGAAGGACAACCAUGUCUGUAGCACUCCACCAAUCAGGCCUUUAUGGUAGAGUGGCCAGACGGAAGCCACUCUUCAUUAAAAGGCACAUGACAGCCCGCUUGGAGUUUGCCAAAAGUCUCCUAAAGGACUCUGACCAUGAUAAACAAGAUUCUCUGGUGUGAUGAAACCAAGAUUGAACUCUUUGGCCUGAAUACCAAGCGUCACGUCUGGAGGAAACCUGGCACCAUCCCUACAGUGAAGCAUGGUGGUGGCAGCAUCAUGCUGUGGGGAUGUUUUUCAGCAGCAGGGACUGGGAGACUAGUCAGGAUAGAGGGAAAGAUGAACGGAGCAAAGUACAGAGAGAACCUUGAUGAAAACCUGCUCCAGAGCGCUCAGGACCUCAGACUGGGGCGAAGGUUCACCUUCCAACAGGACAACGACCCUAAGCACACAGACAAGACAACGCAGGAGUGGCUUUGGGACAAGUCUCUGAAUGUCCUUGAGUGGCCCAGCCAGAGCCCGGACUUGAACCCGAUCUAACAUCUCCUCUGGAGAGACCUGGAAAUAGCUGUGCAGUGACUCUCCCCAUCCAACCUGACAGAGCUUGAGAGGAUCUGCAGAGAAGAAUGGUAGAAACUCCCCAAAUCAAAUUUUAUUUGUCACAUGCGCCGAAUACAACAGGUGUAGACCUUACAGUGAAAUGCUUACUUACAAGCCCUUAACCAACAAUGCAGUUUUAAGAAAAACAAUGCAUAUAGUCCAGGUAGCCAUUUGAUUAGCUGUUCAAGAGUCUUAUGGCUUGGGAGUAGAAGCUGUUAAGAAGCCUUUUGGACCUAGCAUUGGCGCUCCGGUACCGCUUGCCGUGUGGUAGCAGAGAGAACAGUCUAUGACUAGGGUGGCUGGAGUCUUUGACAAUUUUUAGGGGUUUCCUCUGACACUGCCUGGUAUAGAGGUCCUGGAUGGCAGGAAGCUUGGCCCCAGUGAUGUACUGGGCCGUACGCGCUACCCUCUGUAGUGCCUUGCGGUCGGAGGCCAAGCAGUUGCCAUACCAGGUGUGCCAAGCUUGUAGCGUCAUACCCAAGAAGACUUGAGGCUGUAAUCGCUGCCAAAGGUGCUUCAACAAGGUACUGAGUAAAGGGUCUGAAUACUUAUGUAAAUGUUAUAUUUCAGUUUUUUUUUAAAUAUAUUUGCAAAUAUUUCUAGAAACCUGUUUUUGCUUUGUCAUUAUGGGGUAUUGGGUGUAGAUUAAUUAGGGGGGGAAAUGAUUUAAUCUAUUUUAGAAUAAGGCUGUAACGUAACAAAAUGUGGAAAAGGUCAAGGGGUCUGAAUACUUUCCGAAUGCACUGUACUUGGGAUAUGAACUGGACCAACACAUGAACGGUGAACUCAUGGCUCUGAAUGUCAUUGGGGAUGUUCAUUCCAGAACAAAGAUCCUGGCAAGGGUAGCCAAGUUCCUGGAUACAGAGACUAUGAGGACCCUGGCAACAUCUCCGAUAUGGUGCCACUGUGACUAUGCUUGUAUCUCAUGGUUCAGUGGCAUUAAAAAAACUCUGAAGUACAAACUUCAAAUGGCCCAAAACAAACUAAUGAGAAUUAUACUCAAGCUCAGUCCUAGGAUGCACUUUUGUCCUAAUCAUUUCAGGGAACUGAACUGGCUUCCAAGUGGUGCAGAUCAAACUGUUGAUGGUUGUUAAAGUUGUACAUGACCUUGCCCCCAGUUACCUGUCUGGUUAUUUUAAUUUCAUUAGAGACUCUCAUAGCCAUCACACCAGAGCCAGUGUUGCCAAUAUCAGACUGCCGCGCUAUUGGAGCAUGGUUGGAAAAAGCUUUUUCCUUAUCCCUGGUGCAGAUUAAUGGAAUGGUGUACCAAACCAUAUAAAAUCCAUCCUUACGCUAGGGAGUUUUAAGAUAAACCUUAAGAAAGGGUUUAUGGGCAAAAUGCUUUAAAACUGCACAGGCUUAAAGAAAGGAUCAUUGUUUUCAAUUAAUGUUACAUGGUAAUCUAUGCUAUUCCUUUUACAGUUUCCACCCUAUUGAUGAGAUGUAUUUGAGAUGUAUUUAGUUUUUAUGUUAUCUUGUGUAUAUUUAGUUUUCAUGAGGAUCACAAUGGAAAUAUGUUUUUUUAACUUUUUUGUGUCAUGCUGAAUGAUUUUAAUGGCAUUGUAUUGUAUCCACAUGCGUGGUUGUAUUGUGUUCUAAAUGGUCAAAUAAAUCAAAUAAAAAUAUCUCAUAAAAGGUCCUAGGAAUCCUGUUAAAACCUGUUUUAAGACUAAAAUAACUAACUCCCAGCUCAGAGUAGGUUAUAGGAUGAUGUUAAGACAAUGUCCAGACAAACUCUAAGCCAGGAGUAAAAUCAACUCAUAAAAGUUUCUCAGCUGGUAAUCAUUACAGUUUGAGGCAAAGGAAAGAUUGUGAUGACGCUCAUUGACAUUGUUGCAAAUUAUGGGGAAUAACCAAUCGCUAUGAGGCAUCGCUUCAGACAACCACGGUGAAUGUGACUGUACAUCAAAUGUUUGCAAUGGUAAAACGUUUGAUAUCAUUUUCACCUGACACAGUCACUUUGCCUACUCUUAAUUGUUGCUUAAUAUGUUGGCAUGCAUAACCUUUUUUUUAACCAAUUCUGAUGGAUGGAAAAAGUGGAAUUUUAACAAUAUUACCAUUAUAUUAACACGCUCGUCAAUCCCGUUUACAGUAGUCAUCAAGUCACUUGCCGAUAAAGUUGCAUACAAUGUUUGAAAGGUCUAUAAUUUACAUUGAACUAAAAUCAAGGUUAACAUAAGCACUAGAUACACUAUAUAUACAAAAGUAUGUGGACACCCCUUCAAAUUAGUGGAUUCAGCUAUUUCAGCCACAUUCGUUGAUCCCAGGUGUAUUAAAUGAAGCACACAGCCAUGCAAUCUCCAUAGACAAAUGUUGGCAGUAGAAUGGACAUUACUGAAGAGCUCAGUGACUUUCAACGUCUCACCGUCAUAGGAUGCCGCCUUUCCAACAAGUCAGUUCGUCAAAUUUAUGCCCUGCUGGAGCUGCCUUGAUCAACUGGAAUUGUUGUUAUUGUGAAGUGGAAACGUCUACAAGCAACAACGACUCAGCCGCGAAGUGGUAGGCCACACAAGGUCACAGAACGGGACCACUGAGUGCGUAGCGUAAAAAUAAUCUGUCCUCGGUUGCAACACACACUACCGAGUUCCAAAUUGCCAAUGAAAGCAACGUCAGCACAAGAACUGUUCAUCGGGAGUUUCAUGAAAUGGGUUUCCAUGGCCGAGCAGCUUCACACAAGCCUAAGAUCACCAUGCACAAUGACAAGCGUCGGCUGGAGUGGUGUAAAGCUCACCACCAUUGGACUCUGGAGCAGUGGAAACGCGUUCUCUGGAGUGAUGAAUCACGCUUCUCCAUCUGGCAGUCCGACAAACUAAUCUGGGUUUGGCGGAUGCCAGGAGAACGUAGUGCCAACUGUAAAGUUUGGUGGUGGAGGAAUAAUGUUCUGGGGCUGUUUUUCAUGGUUCGGGAUAGGCCCCUUGGUUCCAAUGAAGAGAAAUCUUAACGCUACAGCAUACAAUGACAUUCUAGACGAUUCUGUGCAGUUUGGGGAAGGCCCUUUCCUGUUUCAGCAUGACAAUGCCCCUGUGCACAAAGCGAGGUCCAUACAGAAAUGGUUUGUCGAGAUCGGUGUGGAAGAACUUGACUAGCUUGCACAGAGCCCUGACCUCAACCUCAUCGAACACCUUUGGGAUUAAUUGGAACGCCGACUGCGAGCCAGACCUAAUCGCCCAACAUCAGUGCACGACCUCACUAAUGCUCUUGUGGCUGAAUGGAAGCAAGUCCCCGCAGCAAGGUUCCAACAUCUAGUGGAAAGCCUUCCCAGAAGAGGCUGUUUAUAGCAGCAAAGGGGGGACCAACUCCCGAGUGGCGCAGUGGUCUAAGGCGCUGCAUCGCAGUGCUAGCUGUGCCACUAGAGAUCCUGGUUCGAAUCCAGGCUCUGUCGUAGCCGGCCGCGACCGGGAGACACAUGGGGCGGCGCACAAUUGGCCCAGUGUCGUCCAGGGUAGGGGAGGGGAAUGGCCGGCAGGGAUGUAGCUCAGUUGGUAGAGCAUGGCAAUUUGCAAUGGCAGGGUUGUGGGUUAGAUUCCCACGGGGGGCCAGUAUGAAAAAUAAAAUAAUGUAUGCACUCACUAACUGUAAGUCGCUCUGGAGAAGAGCGUCUGCUAAAUGACUAAAAAAAUAAAUGAAAAAAUAUUAAUGCCCAUAACUUUGGAAUGAGAUGUUCGACGAGCUGGUGUCCACAUACUUUUGGUCAUGUAGUGUACCUUAAAUUGCCCAAUUUAUAGGCAUGCCCAAUUUAGAUAUAUUUUUUAACAACGUGAUAUAACUUGAAAUAACAUGAUGUAGGUCAUUAAAUAAUCGAAAGAAAACAUGUUUAUUUAUUAGCCUAGUGGUUAUAAGUAUUUAAGCAUAUCAUGUGAAAUAGGCCUUGUGAAAUAAUUUUUUAAUACAUUACUUAAACUUAACCCUAUGCAUUGCAAUGUUUUUAUUUUCAGACAAUUAAAAAAGUAUAUUUCUAAACUUAUGGUAUAUGAUCACACUGGUAAUAGAUCAUUUGUUUUAUUACUUGUGAGGGACAGCUGAGUGAGCAAAAAUUGAAAUCAUUGGCUUUAUUUUAAUUUUAAUAGACUGAUGGUGCCUGCGUCUGAUGGUCAGUCUCUGCAGAGGGAGUCUGACCAAAAGGAGACACCGUCUUCCAGCUGAUGGAGAAACUGGAGUCGCACUUCAUUAUUUCUGCCUCACACCAAUUCAUGUUGCUACUCCUAUGACCAGAGAACGUUAAAUAUUCCUCGAUAUUAAAAAAGACACAAGCCGCUAAUAAUAACAAUGCAAGUCUGUCGAUACACUUUGUAGUGCGAGUGGAUAGGGAGAAGCGCGUUUUAUGGCUCAUAAAAGUGUUGAAUAAAACGUCUAAUCAAAUUUGAUUGGUCACAUACAUGUGUUUAGCAGAUGUUAUUGCGGGUGUAGCGAAAUGCUUGUGCUCCUAGCUCCGACAGUGCAGUAAUAUCUAACAAGUAAUAUCUAACAAUUUCACUAAGUAUACCCAAUACACACAAAUCUAAGUAAGGAAUGAAUUAAGAAUAUAUAUACUACCGGUCAAAAGUUUUAGAACACCUACUCAUUCAAGGGUUUUUCUUUAUUUUUACUAUUUUCUACAUUGUAGAAUAAUAGUGAAGACAUCAAACUAUGAAAUAACACAUAUGGAAUCAUGUAGUAACCAAAAAAGUGUUAAACAAAUCAAAAUAUAUUUUAUAUUUGAGAUUCUUCAAAUAGCCACCCUUUGCCUCGAUGACUGCUUUGCACACUCUUGGCAUUCUCUCAACCAGCUUCACCUGGAAUGCUUUUUCAAAAGUCUUGAAGGAGUUCCCACAUAUGCUGAGCCCUUGUUGGCUGUUUUUCCUUCACUCUGCGGUCUGACUCAUCCCAAGCCAUCUCAAUUUGGUUGAGGUCGGGGGAUUGUGGAGGCCAGGUCAUCUGAUGCAACACCUCCUCCUCCAUGCUUUACGGUAGGAAAUACACAUGCAGAGAUCAUCCGUUCACCCACACCGCGUCUCACAAAGACACGGCGGUUGGAGCCAAAAAUCACAAAUUUGGACUCCAGACCAAAGGACAAAUUUCCAUCGGCCUAAUGUCCAUUGCUCAUGUUUCUUGGCCCAAGCAAGUCUCUUCUUAUUAUUGGUGUCCUUUAGUAGUGGUUUCUUUGCAGCAAUUCGACCAUGAAGGCCUGAUUCACAUAGUCUCCUCUGAGCAGUUGAUGUUGAGAUGUGUCUGUUACUUGAACUCUGUGAAGCAUUUAUUUGGGCUGCAAUUUCUGAGGCUUGUAACUCUAAUGAACUUAUCCUCUGCAACAGAGGUAACACUGGGUCUUCCUUUCCUGUGGCGGUCCUCAUGAGAGCCAGUUUCAUCAUAGCGCAUGAUAGUUUUUGCAAUUGCACUUGAAGAAACGUUCAACUUUUCCGUAUUGACUGACCUUCAUGUCUUAAAGUAAUGAUGGACUGUCGUUUCUCUUUGCUUAUUUGAGCUGUUCUUGCCAUAAUAUGGACUUGGUCUUUUACCAAAUAGGGCUAUCUUCUGUAUACCCCCCUACCUUGUCAAAACACAGCCGAUUGGCUCAAACGCAUUAAGAAGGAAAUAAAUUCCACAAAUUAACUUUUAGGAAGGCACACCUGUUAAUUGAAAUGCAUUCCAGGUGAGUACCUCAUGAAGCUGGUUGAGAGAAUGCCAAGAGUGUGCAAAGCUGUCAUCAAGGCAAAGGAUGGCUAUUUGAAGAAUCUCAAAUCUCAAAUAUAUUUUGAUUUAUUUAACACUUUUUCGGUUACUACAUGAUUCCAUAUGUGUUAUUUCAUAGUUUUGAUGUCUUCACUAUUAUUCUACAAUGUAGAAAAUAGUAAAAAUAAAGAAAAACCCUUGAAUGAGUAGGUGUUCUAAAACCUUUGACCGGUAGUGUACAUAUAUGGACGAGCGAUGUCAGAGCGGCAUUGGACUAAGAUACAGUAGAAUAGUAUAGAAUACAGAAUAUACAUAUGAAAUGAGGAAUGCAAGAUAUGUAAACAUUCUUUAAGUGGUUAGUGUUCCAUUUAUUUAAGUGGCCAGUGAUUUCUAGUCUAUGUCUAUAGGCAGCAACCUCUAAUGUGCUAGUGAUGGCUGUUUAACAGUCUGAUUGCCUUGAUAUAGAAGCUGUUUUUCAGUCUUUCGGUCCCAGCUUUGAUGCACUUGUACUGACCUCGCCUUCUGGAUGAUAGCGGGAUGAACAGGCAGUGGCUUGGGUGGUUGAUGGCCUUGAUGAUCUUUUUGACCUUCCUGUGACAUCGGAUGCUGUAGGUGUCCUGGAGGGCGGGUAGUUUGCCCCCAGUAAUGCGUUGGGCAGACCGCACCACCCUCUGGAGAGCCUUGCGGUUGCGGGUGGUGCAGUUGCUGUACCAGGCGGUUAUACUGCCCGACAGGAUGCUCUCCAUUGUGCAUCUGUAAAAGUUUGUGAGGGUAAAAGUAAAAAAGUAAACAUGAACUCACGCAUAAAAACAGCAGCUCUUUGCUGUAUUCGCUGACAGUCUCUCUUUAGUCAUGGUUUUUUAGUUUUGAAAUCUCACAGUAUCAACUUCGCUGUGGGCUCAUGGAAGCUGCACGGUGAUCUGCGAUAUCUGAUUUGCCAGCGGUAGGCCUAUAGGUGCACUUGAUUCACUCUCUGGGUUUGCUGGGUAGACUGAGUUUGUACGUUCAGACACUUGAAAUGGUUCAAAAUAGGAGCACCUCGACUACCCGGCGCACAAGGCAGCUGAAUCAAGUGCACCUACUGCAAAAAAAAACUGGAACACAAGGCUUGGAGAUCGACUCGGAAUGUCUUGAUAAUCGACCAGUAGAUCGCGAUCGACCGUGUUGGUGACUACUGCACUAGAAUACAUGAAAUCUAAAUAUGUACGCAAGUAACCAUCAUUAUUCCUUAUUGUACUUUCUCCUAGCCUGUUUUGUUUUAAUGCAUUUUGCCCAUUAACCAUUUCUUAAUGUUUGCCUUAAAACUCCCUAGCAUACGGAUGGAUUUUAUUUUAUUUGGUACACCAUUACAUGUCAUGACUGCAUGACAUGACUGCAAAUUCCACGUGACCGUUUAGGCAUGGCAAUUAGUCUUCUCCAAGCUCUGAUGUUUUGUAUCUCUCCUUGUUCGUUAUUGUUAAACUCACUAACUGCACCUGCUUCCUGACUCCCUGCGUCUACGUUGCAUAAUGGAACAUACGCGCUUAAAGCCUACUGCCGUGUGCACAUUGCUGCGCUUAUAAUGUGAAGAAAUAGCGUAAUAGUUUAUUAACAUUUUAAGCUAAACGUUAUCGUCUGUUGCGUCAGGCUCAUUGCUUAAAACAGGUUUUUUGUUAUGCUAGUGGUUGUAUUAAUUUGGGAUCUAUCGCAUCCCACAACUGUCCCAGACUAUGUUUGUAAUAUUUAUUUCUCGCACAGAAUAGAAUAGGUGGACUUUUGUACUAUGGGGGAUAGUAGAUAGACAUAGGGUAGUGCUUUGCUGUUCAUUAGGCCUACUCAUCUUGUUGCAUGAAGAAAAGUAAAUGUGGACAGUUCUUCCAAUAUCUUCAAUAUGCGCCUCCAGAAUCAGAUAAGGACGCGUGCAGUUGCGUCCCCGAUGUGUUGGUCUUCACUUGUAGCCUGUGAGAAAGACCCGAUCACAUGACUGAGAGCCAUGUGAGUGAGAGGUGCUUCAGCAUGCAGCCGGGAGAAGGGAAUUAUAAUUAUUAUAUUCAGCCCAAGGGCACAAUGGCCAUUGGCCGCAAAAGGCAUGGAUUUUUUUAGGGGGCGUUUAGGCCACACAAAGGGGAUGCAGCCGGGAAAAUCGAGGCAUUGUCAAGUGCUUGUCAAAUUGUGAAUGAGAGACUGAUGAAGUGUGUACAGCCUGCACAAAAAAAACUAAGCAGAGCUCAUGCCUUUCAUGCGACUUUUUUGAAAUCAUCAUUAGAGUCGCAUCAUGCAGCCAAAAAUCAAAACACAUAGCUCAACAUUUGUAUCACAACUGAAGUUACAUAAAUAACUCUAAAUUAAGCAUAUUCCUAAUAUUGAGUUGUACCCCCUUUUGCCCUCAGAACAGUCUCAAUUUGUCAGGGCAUGGACUCUACAAGGUGUCAAAAGCGUUCCACAUGGAUGGUGGCCCAUUGUUACGGAUACAGGUAUCCUGUGUGUGUAUUUGUUUUUCCUCUCCUUCUGCCCUAAUCACAGGUGUCCCUUGUUUACCUGAUUAGUAGUCGUUGGGGUGUCCCACCUGUCCGACAUCCGUUUGUCUGCUGAUUGCUGAGGUGGACCAAUCAGUGGACAUUCCUCCGUAUUUGCACCACCUGUUUCUGGUUUUACAUUACCAUAUCAAAUGCCCUGGUUUUAAAAGCCAGUCAGUUGUGUUUUCUGAAAGAGGAUAUUUUCCUUUGUGAGUAUUGAUACUGUGGUGUCUUGUUUUUGUGUACUCAAUCGUUUGCGGUCUAGUCCAUAUUGGACCUAUGUUGUUUGUUUGUGCCUGGGAAAGGGGGGGUUUAGCAAGUCGCCCUUUGGCAUACACUACCGUAGGAAAACCUUGUCUAAACACACUAGUUAGACCUGAGCGGACCACCCACUGUAUUUUUGUAUGAUUAGCAGUAGCUUAGCGGUUCUUGAGGCAGGCCAGAUCAGUUUAGUUAUUUUUUUACUUUAUUGUUUCAUUCCUUGGGUCCAGCUCAGCCCCUUUUCCCCAAACAGUUUACCGUGUGUUUAUAAUAAACAUUUUGUGUUUGACGGUAGCAUAUGGUUGUCGGUGUAUUUUGUUCUCACUGUUCCUUGUCAAUAUUCUAAUUUGCAUGAGUUAUGUUACAGUUCUCUUUUCCAUCCACCCUAGACUUUUAAAGCCACGGGGUUCAUAACACCCAUGUUAACUCACUCCAUUGCUUCCCACAGUUGUGUCAAGUUGGGUGGUGGACCAUUCUUGAUACACACGGGAAACUGUUGAGCGUGAAAAACCCAGUAGCGUUGCAGUUCUUGACACAAAUCGGUGUGCCUGGCACCUACUACCAUACCCCAUUCAAAGGCACUUAAAUCUUUUGUCUUGUCCAUUCACCCUCUGAAUGGCACACACACAAUCCAUGUCUCAGUUUAAAAAUCCUUCUUUAACCUGUCUCCUCCCCUUCAUCUACACUGAUUAAAGUGGAUUUAACAAGUGACAUCAGUAAGGGUUCAUAGUGUUCACCUGGAUUCACCUGGUCAGUCUAUGUCAUGGAAAGAGUUGGUGUCCUUAAUGUUUAGUACACUCAGUGUAUAUGAGGCAAUUUAGCAAUUAGGAUUUGUUAUCUCUAAUGGUUAUGAUAAAUUAGGCAUUGUUGCUCACUGUUUGCAUAUAGAUAAAUGCUCACCUUUUUUUCCAGUGCACCAAUGUUCUAAGAAUAGCUUUUUAAUUUGAUUUGAGUACUAAAAAUUAUCAUGCGAGUACUCGAACAGUCAAAAUAGGUAAAAUGCCCAUCCCUACUCCUGUGGCACCUUUCUCCGUUGAAUGGAAAGGUUGAUGUGUGUUACAUAAAGUCCAGUACGAUCUGCAGCAUCACUCAAGAGUUGCAAAGAAAAAUCCAUAUCUCAGACUGGCCAUUAAAAAUGAAAGAUUAAGAUGGGCAGUCUGAGAUAUGGCUUUUUCUUUGCAACUCUGCCAAGAAGGUCAGCAUCCCGGAGUCGCCUCUUCACUGUUGACGUUGAGGCUGGUGUUUUGCGGGUACUAUUUAAUGUACACAGCGUUAUACGAGACCUUCAGUUUCUUGGCAAUUUCUCGCAUGGAAUAGUCUUCAUUUCUCAGAACAAGAAUAGACUGACGAGUUUCAGAAGAAAGUUCUUUGUUUCUGGCCAUUUUGAGCCUGUAAUCGAACCCACAAUUGCUGAUGCUCCAGAUACUCAACUAGUCUCAAGAAGGCCAGUUUUAUUGCUUCUUUAGGCAGCACAACCGUUUUCAGCUGUGUAACAUAAUUAUAAAAGGGUUUUCUAAUGAUCAAUUAGCCUUUUAAAAUGAUAAACUUGGAUUAGCAAACACAACGUGCCAUUGGAACACAGGACUGAUGGUUGCUGAUAAUGGGCCUCUGUACGCCUAUGUAGAUAUUCCAUUAAGAAUCAGCCGUUUCCAGCUACAAUAGCCAUUUACAACAUUAACAAUGUCUACACUGUAUUUCUGAUCAAUUUGCUGUUAUUUUAACGAAAGGACAUUUCUAAGUGACCCCACAUUUUUGAAAGGUAGUGUACAUAUUGUGUGUAGAUGAAAAUAUUUUUAGGCUACUCACACAGACCAAUUAUUCCAUAUCUCUCCCCACUCUCUGUCUCUGCAGGAUGAACUUGACCUCACAGAGAAACACAGGGAGGCCAUGUUCAACCUGCCUGCAGAAAAGAAAUGGCAGAUCUACUGCAGCAAGAAGAAGGUAGGUUUUCCUGUCUACAUUAUUGUGUGCUUGUCAUGUCAUUCAAGUGUGUCUGCGUGCAUAUGUAUGUUUGUGUCGGUCUCCCUGUUAUAGUCAUCUUGAUAUUAGGGCAUUUCUGUGCCCCAUUAAGAGGGCGUAAUGCAAGCCCAAGCAUCUUGCCCUUUUAGCUUAACCAAUCCAUCACUGGUUAAUUUCAACAGAAACCUGUGCCUACUUCUCCAAAACAUUUUAGAGGACCACUCCACUUAAUGAAUCAGCAAAGCAUCUUAUCUCAUUUACCAAAGAGCUGAAGUGAAUAAAUCUCUCAUCGAGUGGAAUGGCCCACAAUAUUAAUGUGCCCCCCUCCCCCUGUACCAGUCACAAUAACUCUUGCUGAAGUUUCUCAUUUGCCUGAAGCAGUGCAACGGUUUCAAGCUGCCAAAACGCAGGAUAGCUGCUUUCUGUGGAGAAAAGUCUGUAAGAGGAUGUUUAGUAUUUUCCUGUACUCCUUGACCCCUAUGAGAGGUCUUUUGGGUGGAGCCUGUCGCCAUUUAGAGAUGCUGCCCAUCUCCCCACACUUUAGUUGUUUUAAGGCCAUGGCGAAGUGCAGGAUAUCCUUAGCCAGUUGGAGGCUGGGUAGGUUGCACAAAUCUGUUGCUUUAUCCCAUCGUUAACUCCAGGUGAUGAGGCAGGGGAGUCGAAUUCGCUGACCAGGAUAAUACACAAAAGGAACCAUCCUGCAGGGAUAUGACUGCACAGCUGCUUUUCCAAAGACUUCAGCUGUAGAAUUGUCCGUGCUGGUAUUCUCAGAAAGUCCAGAUAAUUUGGAAGAUUUAUGAUCGUAGGUAAAAGGAUAUAUUAACUGCAUGAGUUUUAGUGAUAUGAAUUGUAUUUGGUCUGAGCUGUAUCUGGUUAAUGGUCUUGAAGGGAGACCGGAGUUUGAUACAAGAUGAUAGAUCGCUCAAUGUCUGGAAUGGAGUAUGAAAGUGAAAGUGGUGAGAGACAGCUUAGUUUUGUUGGAGUAACAACUUAGAAAAUAUGGUUUGUACUCUCACAGUGAGUCUAGGGAGUUGAUAAGGGCACGCCACAUUUCACAUUCAGUCACAACUGGUGACCUCAUCAGCUUUUUGACAUGUAUCCUCUCUGCCCUCAUCCACACUCUGCUUACUGCUGGACUUUUUGGACUCCCGUCUUGGGACAUUACCCUUGGGUCUCACCAAACGACCUUUCCAUGACCUGUCUGUACAACUCAUCCUCAAGCAUUGGCUGUUGAUCCUUAUAUGGACACUAAAACCCCUACACUGCCUCUUACAUAUCCAAUGUUUGUCCUUUGCUUACUGAGUUUUAGGCUUGUCCAUACAACAGGUUGCCAUGGUUUAAUUCCAGGACCUUUUGAAGCAGCAUGAUCCUGGAAAAACAAAUUCCAAGAAAGAACUGCCUCCCUCCUUAGCCUGAAGAUGGAUGAUUCCACUGUCUAGAGUAGCAGAAUGCAUAUUCUAAUGUUUGUCACAUGCUGCUUUAAGAUAUUAAUAUUAUCUUGACAACGAAGCUACCCCACCCCUCAAUCUCUGCAGCCUCACCUCAAACAGAAGCUUUAACUCUCUUCGAAGCUCUGGAGAGACAAGGCGGCCAUUUUAUCUAAUGCUUCCCAUCAGCCUCCAACAAUGAGGAUUUUAAUUUGGUCCAGAUGGCAGGCAGACACCAGGUUCUGCAUUGUAGAAUAAUAGUGAAGACUUCAAAACUAUGAAAUAACACAUAUGGAAUCAUGUAGUAACAAAAAAAGUGUUAAACAAAUCAAAAUAUAUUUUAUAUUUGAGAUUCUUUAAAUAGCCACCCUUUGCCUUGACGACAGCUUUGCACACUCUUGGCAUUCUCUCAACCAGCUUCAUGAGGUAGUCACCUGGAAUGCAUUUCAAUUAACAGGUGUGCGUUCUUAAAAGUUAAUUUGUGGAAUUUCUUUCCUCCUUAAUGCGUUUGAGCCAAUCAGUUGUGUUGUGACAAGGUAGGGGGGGUAUACAGAAGAUAGCCCUAUUUGGUAAAAGACCAAGUCCAUAUUAUGGCAAGAACAGCUCAAAUAAGCAAAGAGAAAUGACAGUCCAUCAUUACUUUAAGACAUGAAGGUCAGUCCGGAAAAUUUCAAGAACAUUGAACGUUUCUUCAAGUGCAGUCGCAAAAACCAUCAAGCGCUAUGAUGAAACUGGCUCUCAUGAGGACCGCCACAGGAAAGGAAGACCCAGAGUUACCUCUGCUGCAGAGGAUAAGUUCAUUAGAGUUACCAGCCUCAGAAAUUGCAGCCCAAAUAAAUGCUUCACAGAGUUCAAGUCACAGACACAUCUCAACAUCAACUGUUCAGAGGGAACUGUGUGAAUCAGACCUUCAUGGUCGAAUUGCUGCAAAGAAACCACUACUAAAGGACACCAAUAAGAAGAAGAGACCUGCUUGGGCCAAGAAACACUAGCGAUGGACAUUUGUCCUUUGGUCUGGAGUCCAAAUUGGUGAUUUUUGGUUCCAACCGCCAUGUCUUUGUGAGACGCGGUGUGGGUGAACGGAUGAUCUCUGCAUGUGUAGUUCUCACCAUAAAGCAUGGAGGUGUUAUGGUAUGGGGGUGCAUUGCUGGUGACACUGUCUGUGAUUUAUUUAGAAUUCAAGGCACACUUAACCAGCAUGGCUACCACAGCAUUCUGCAGCGAUACGCCAUCCCAUCUGGUUUGGGCUUAGUGGGACUAUAAUUUGUUUUUCAACAGGACAAUGACCCAACACACCUCCAGGCUGUGUAAGGGCUAUUUGAUCAAGGAGAGUGAUGAUGCUGCAUCAGAUGACCUGGCCUCCACAAUCCCCCAACCUCAACCCAAUUGAGAUGGUUUGGGAUGAGACGGACGGCAGAGUGAAGGAAAAGCAGCCAACAAGUGCACAGCAAAUGUGGGAACUCCUUCAAGACUGUUGGAAAAGAAUUCCAGGUGAAGCUGGUUGAGAGACUGCCAAGAGUGUGCAAAGCUGUCAUCGAGGCAAAGGGUGGCUAUUUGAAGAAUCUCAAAUAUAAAAUAUAUUUUGAUUUGUUUAACACUUUUUUGGUUACUACAUGAUUCCAUAUGUGUUAUUUCAUAGUUUUGAUGUCUUCACUAUUAUUCUACAAUGUAGAAAAUAGUAAAAAUAAAGAAAAACCCUUGAAUGAGUAGGUGUGUCCAAACUUUUGACUGGUAGUGUACAUAGCCUUCUUUUGUUAGGCACACUAAUCAGAGGACUAGGUAGAUCUAUCACCAUAUUGCUAACCCUAUCCAGUCCAUUCAGAUCUGUGAAAAAUAAGUCGUACUCUGCUUCUCCCACUUUUACUUUUCCAUCAUGGAUGGGUCUCUCUUGUUCUGCUCUUGUGCAGACCAGGUUGGUCACUGUGGUCUGCCCACACUGUGGUCUGACCCAUGCCAGACCUAGGCUGCAGACUUUAAAAGAGUUGGCUUGUGAUUUCCCUCACACCUCCUUACACAGUCGGUUAGAUAAAACGCAAUUGUCCACUCCUGACGGCGAAACUACUUACUCUACUGCACGUGCCGUGCCCCAAUUAGUGGCCUAAUUAAGAAUCAUCUAGGGGCCUGGACUAGCCUAAAUGGGUCUCCCUGCAUCUGAAAACAAGCCAAAAAUGUCUCCAUGCCCUCAUUAUUAUAAAGGGGAGAAAUGCUUGCAGUUGCACUUUAUCCAACCUGCUUUCUCUUCACUAUGUUAUUUUUAUUUUUCUCUCUUUCUCUCCCUCUUUCACUUGAUUCUUUCUGCAUGUUUGCUUAGCUGUGGUCCAAGGCAGCGUGGAUCAGCAGGAUUUUGCUGAGAUUUUUAACCAGUGUUGCAGUGAGGAUCAAAGCAGGGUAGUGUGUUUGGGCACAAUUAAUCAGCAGAGUUGGAGGAGGAUUAAUCCCUAGAGCCAGUGUGGAGGAAGGGGAAGCGGGAGAGAGGGGAUGGAUGGAUGGCCUUUGGGAGGUAGUUGGCUGCGGAGAGAGGGGAGUCUUGGCAGCGGGACGUCAAUAAUGCAGACUCAGCAGUGAGCCUGGCCCGGGCCCAGCUAGCAAGGGCUUGGCAUGGCUCCCCAAAGGCCUAAAGCUCACAGACAGAGCGGGUGGGGGGUUGUAAGGGAAGUGCUCAGUCGUCCAAAGCAAACAGGAAAGCCUCCCUUGGCAGGUGCAGCUUUUGUUUUCGAGGGAGAGGGGGAUGAGGGAGAUGAGGCUGGGGUUGGUGGUGGGGGCGGCCAAGCCCGCAGAGUGAUGGAGGCACUCCUUUCUCAGUCCCCCCUUCACAGCCAGCCAGUUCAUUAUGGAGCCUUUGUGUUCCAGAGGACUUGGAUACGGUAACAGUUAUCCAGUAAACACGAUCCCCUGCAAGUUCCGCAGAACAAGCGACGGAUGGUGAGGCUAGCAGCGGUGCUGUCUCUCUGAAUGAAUUGGAUGUUUGCUUUGGCUCGGCCACCUGAAUUGAUGAGGUCAUGCUGGAGAGCAUCAAUCUCUUUCCACAUUUCCUUUCGUAUGGUUUCCUCUGUAUUUGUCUCUGUUAAUCAAGAGGUGCCCUGGUUAGUUGCUCUGUUCGCAGAUCUGCAGUUGAAACACAAGCAAAAUGAAGGACGCUAUGGGGGAUGCAUGUUUUUUUCUGUUCAAAUAUUUCUUUUAUAUAUAUUUUUUUGUUGUUGGUCAAAUCCACUUUGCACUUUUGCAAUCUGCUUUAAAAGUUAUUAUAGUUCCCUCCCUGGGUGCACUAACUACAGUAGGCACAAUGCCACCCAAUUAUGUUCCAGAUUCUGGAUUAUGUCCCAGGUGAAAGUACACAUGUGCACACACACACACAGAGGCAUACUACUGAUUAUGUUUGGGUGAAGGCAGUUUUGUUUUGCUAUAUGGAAUCCAGUGUAGUUGCUGUUGUUUUAGUUUCAGUCAACUUUCUUGUCAGCCCUAGACUAUGGCGACAUAAUCUAUAUGAACACAGCUGCCACUUCUUUAUCACUAGAACCGCUGGGCCUCGAGGGACCCCCCUUCAAACUAAUGAGCAGUCAUUCUGACUGCAACAUUCUAGCAGCGUAAUUAAUACAUUUCAUAUAUGCUAUCACAAAAAGUAUAAUUUGGGUGUGUUUGACGGUCUUUGGUAACCUUAGAAUACAUCAAUGUUUUUAUAACACAAUAGCAUUUUCAUUCGUUUGUUACUGUAGACUAUAUGUAAAAAUAUUGUUAUUCUUUUAAGAAAAAAAAGUUAACGCGUUCAAUCAAUUUUAUUUGUGGAGGGCCUUUAUUACAACUAUGAAAUAGAACGCAUAUGUGUUGGAACAUGGUAACAACUUCUUGACAAAAUAUAUAUUUUAAAUACCCCUACCACCAAGACGCACGGUCAGAUAAUGAAAACAUCAGAAGACUAAACAUAAUUAUAAGCGCCAAUUGUGUUUGAUAAAGUGAAAAUCAGCACAAAAGUGGCAUUACAAAACAACAAUAGUGUUAUAAUUUGACUGCUGUCGAUAUGCUGAUAAUCUGACCGUAGCAUUGUCACCGGCUGGUUCAAUCCAAACAGUGUCGUCCCUUCCUGUCUCACCGUUUCGUUUGGUGGUGGCAAGGGCACCUGCUCAGUGCGCACCGUUCUGGCUUUUUUGCGCUUAGGCCUUGGGGGUGUAGGUUCAGGCUGAGGCUUAGAAUUAGAAGUAGAAUCAUCAGAAAUGUCAUGAUUCAUUUCUUCCCUACCAUCUGAGUCGUUUUCAUUCAGAUCUUGUAGCAGCGCUGACGCAGCAUCUGCAUCCAUUCGUCUUGGUAUUCUUGCCACUGUAAAUUACGCACGCUCUCACUGUGUACUCCAAGUAGGGUAGAGUGAUAAGACUGCUUGGAUUCGAUGGACUGAUAUAGGGUACAUUCCAUUUUGAGAUUACUAGAAUAGAUCAAUAAAAUAAAAUGGCCCACCUUGUUCUUCAUUCACAAUUUGUGAUUACAUAAUUAUGCAUCAUUCACUUCCCCUCACUCAUCAACUCACCCAUUCUCCACCAUUCUCCCCCUUUCUCCCAUCAUAAUUUACUUCAUUUAUUUGAUAUUUGUGAAAUUAGUUUUGGUAUAGUUUAGGGGCAAUUAUCAAUGUGAAUAUCAACUGGGCACAGCGAGAAGGUGCGGAGCAGGCCCUACUUUCGGGAGAAGGAGGAGCAAUGUGGAAAAACCAAAAAUGACAUUACAUUUACAUUUACAUUUUCGUCAUUUAGCAGACGCUCUUAUCCAGAGCGACUUACAAAUUGGUGCAUUCACCUUAUGAUAGCCAGUGGGACAACCACUUUACAAUAUAUCAAUAUAUAUAUUUUUUUUAAACAUUUGGGGGGAAGGGUAGAAGGAUUACUUUUAUCCUAUCCCAGGUAUUCCUUAAAGUGGUGGGGUUUCAAGUGUCUCCGGAAGGUGGUGAGUGACUCCGCUGUCCUGGCGUCGUGAGGGAGCUUGUUCCACCAUUGGGGUGCCAGAGCAGUGAACAGUUUUGACUGGGCUGAGCGUGAACUGUGCUUCCGCAGAGGUAGGGGGGCCAGCAGGCCAGAGGUGGAUGAACGCAAUGCCCUCGUUUGGGUGUAGGGACUGAUCAGAGCCUGAAGGUACGGAGGUGCCGUUCCCCUCACAGCUCCAUAGGCAAGCAUCAUGGUCUUGUAGCAGAUGCGGGCUUCAACUGGAAGCCAGUGGAGUGUGCGGAGGAGCGGGGUGACGUGAGAGAACUUGGGAAGGUUGAACACCAGACAGGCUGCAGCGUUCUGGAUGAGUUGUAGGGGUUUAAUGGCACAGGCAGGGAGCCCAGCCAACAGUGAGUUGCAGUAAUCCAGACCGGAGAUGACAAGUGCCUGGAUUAGGACCUGUGCCCUCCUAAAACUGAUUUUAACUCACUUUCUGUAGGUGAUAUUAAGAUUCUACCAACGACAGUGUGUUAUAUAGACUUAUUUAGGAAAAAUCAAGGACGGAGGGGGGCAUGACUUAAAAAAUAAGAGUAAUACAUUUUUUAAAUUCAUGAGCAGUCAAAAUGACUGCUUUAGUGGUUCUAGUGUUAAAAACCAUUGGAUGCUGUUUAUCAUAGAGCACUACGGUUUAUUAUGGAUUACCGAUUUUGCUCUCGUGCUAAAACUACCAUACUGUAUUACCUCACAUCGCUCCUAAUUUACAGAAGUACAAAAUACAUUACUCGCUCACAGGAAUGGCUAACUUGAAAUUCCUCGCCGCCAACGAUUUAGGUAAAACAGCCUUUCGUUUUUAUGCGCCACAUACUUGAACAAAUUUCUGAAUACCCUGCGAUUGGAUGCACUAGUGCUUUUCUGCCAUUUAUGGGUAUUGGUAAAUUACCUGUUCUCAGAAGAUAAAAAAAUUAAUAAACACUACCGUUCAAAAGUUUGGGGUCACUUAGAAAUGUCCUUGUUUUCGAAAGAAAACCAAUUGUUUUGUCCAUUAAAAUAACAUCAAAUGGAUCAGAAAUACAGUGUAGACAUUGUUAAUGUUGUAAAUGGCUAUUGUAGCUGGAAACGGCAGAUUUUUAAUGGACUAUCUACAUAGGCGUACAGAGGCCCAUUAUCAGAAAAAGCCAUAUCUCAGACUGGCCAAUAAAAAGAAAAGAUUAAGAUGGGCAGUCUGAGAUAUGGCUUUUUGUUUGCAACUUUGCCUAGAAGGUCAGCAUCCCGGAGUCGCCUCUUCACUGUUGACGUUGAGACUGGUGUUUUGCGGGUACUAUUUAAUGAAGCUGCCAGUUGAGGACCUGUGAGGCGUCUGUUUCUCAAACUAGACACUAAUGUAUUAAUAAUGUAAAAUAACAUCAAAUUGAUCAGAAAUACAGUGUAGACAUUGUUAAUGUUGUAAAUGGCUAUUGUAGCUGGAAACGGCAGAUUUUUAAUGGAAUAUCUACAUAGGUGUACAGAGGCCCAUUAUCAGCAACCAUCAGUCCUGUGUUCCAAUGGCACGUUGUGUUUGCUAAUCCAAGUUUAUCUUUUUAAAAGGCUAAUUGAUCAUUAGAAAACCCUUUUGCAAUUAUGUUAGCACAGCUGAAAACUGUGGUGAUGAUUAAAUAAGCAAUAAAACUGGCCUUCUUGAGACUAGUUGAGUAUCUGCAGCAAUUCUGGGUUCGAUUACAGGCUCAAAAUGGCCAGAAACAAAGAACUUUCUUCUGAAACUCGUCAAUCUGUUCUUGUUCUGAAAAAUGAAGGCUAUUCCAUGCGAGAAAUUGCCAAGAAACUGAAGAUCUCGUACAACGCUGUGUACUACUCCCUUCACAGAACAGCGCAAACUGGCUCUAACCAGGAUAGAAAGAGGAGUGGGAGGCCCCGGUGCACAACUGAGCAAGAGGACAAAUACAUUAGUGUCUAGUUUGAGAAACAGACGCCUCACAGGUCCUCAACUGGCAGCUUCAUUAAAUAGUACCCGCAAAACACCAGUCUCAACGUCAACAGUGAAGAGGCGACUCCGGGAUGCUGACCUUCUAGGCAGAGUUGCAAAGAAAAAGCCAUAUCUCAGACUGCCCAUCUUAAUCUUUUAUUUUUAUUGGCCAGUCUGAGAUAUGGCUUUUUCUGAUAAUGGGCCUCUGUACGCCUAUGUAGAUAGUCCAUUAAAAACUAGCCGUUUCCAGCUACAAUAGCCAUUUACAACAUGAACAAUGUCUACACUGUAUUUCUGAUCAAUUUGAUGUUAUUUUAAUGGACAGAAAAAUUGCUUUUCUUUUGAAAACAAGGACAUUUCUAAGUGACCCCAAACUUUUGAACGGUAGUGUAUAUAAUUUGUGUUAUUCCUUAUUAUUUAUUUUGUGUUUUCUGCAUUUUUGUGAAGCAGGGCUCCCUUGAAAAAUAGACUUUGGUCUCAAUGGGGCAUCCCUGAUUAAAUAAAGGUUAAAUAAAUAAAUGUUACCAUGCUCUCUGUAGUGAACUGCCAGUGCCAGCAAACCAUCAAAUCUAGGCUGCCAUGGUUUGGGGUUGACCCUCAUUUCAGGUCUCAGGUGAGGUAAAGUCACUGUGCAAAGUUAGACUAGCUGACCUACGCUACACUAGACAAACACUCUGGCAUAUACCCUACAUGACCAGAAGUAUGUGGACAUCUGCUCGUCGAACAUCUCAUUCCAAAAUCAUGGGCAUUAAUAUGGAGUUGGUCCCCCUUGUGCUGCUAUAACAGCCUCCACUCUUCUGGGAAGGCUUUCCGCUAGAUGUUGGAACAUUGUUGCAGGGAUUUGCUUCCAUUCAGCCACGAGCAUUGGUGAGGUCGGACACUGAUGUUGGGCAAUUAGGCCUGGCUCGCAGUUGGCGUUCCAAUUCAUCCCAAAGGUGUUCGAUGGGGUUGAGGUCAUUGCUUUGUGCAGGCCAGUCAAGUUCUUCCACACCGAACUCGACAAACCAUUUCUAUAUGGACCUCGCUUUGUGCACGGGGGCAUUGUCAUGCUAAACAGGAAAGGGCCUUCCCCAAACUGAUGCCACAAAAUUGGAAGCACAGAAUCAUCUAGAAUGUCAAUGUAUGCUGUAGCAUUAAGAUUUCCCUUUACUGGAACUAAGAGGCCUAGCCCGAACCAUGAAAAACAGCUCCAGACCAUUAUUCCUCCGCCACCAAACUUUAAAGUUGGCACUAUGCAUUCGGGCAGGUAGCGUUCUCCUGGCAUCCGCCAAACCCAGAUUAAUCCGUGGGACUGCCAGAUGGUGAAGCGUGAUUCAUCACUCCAGAGAACACGUUUCCACUGCUCCCUAGUCCAAUGGCGGCAAGCUUUGUACCACUCCAGCCGUCGCUUGGCAUUGCGCAAGGUGAUCUUAGGCUUGUGUGCGGCUGCUCGGCCAUGGAAACCCAUUUCAUGAAGCUCCCGACAAACAGUUAUUGUGCUGACGUUGCUUCCAGAUGCAGUUUGGAAAGUAGUGAGUGUUGUAACCGAGGACAGACUAUUGUUAGGUGCUACGCACUUCAGCACUCAGUGGUCCCAUUCUGUGAACUUGUGUGGCCUACCACAUCGCGGCUGAGCCAUUGUUGCUGCUAGACGUUUCCACUUCACAAUAACAACACUUACAGUUGGCCGAGGCAGAAAUUUGACAAACUGACUUGUUGGAAAGGUGGCGUCCUAUGACGGUGCCACGUUGAAAGUCAUUGAGCUCUUCAGUAAGUCCAUUCUACUGCCACCAUUUGUCUAUGGAGAUUGCAUGGCUGUGUGCUCGAUUUUAUACACCUGUCAGCAAUGGGUGUGGCUGAAAUACCCGAAUCCACUAAUUUGAAGGGGUGUCCACAUAUUUUUGUAUAUAUAGUGUAUGUAAAUCUUUGUAGGCCCAUGCUGGUCAACAUGACUUUGAAGGGAGGCAACUGAGUUGAGGGCUGCUGGCCACCUAUGUGUUUUUCCGUCUUAAGGUCAGUACUGGAGGUGCCAGAGAGAGACGCCAGUUUUUACCCAGAUUUCCAAAAGCAACCACCGAAUGAAUAAAAAAAGCAGACAGCUUAGAGUUCACUCAAAGUUGACUCUGAAUUGCACAAGAUCAAAUCUGUCUUGACGAAUGCAAUAUGUAGCACAUUAUGUAUGGAGAAAACAAAAAUGUUGGCCAAUGUUGGAUUUUUGAGGUUGGUUCUUUUUUAAAUUUAUUUUACAUUUUGGUUUCUCUGAGCAGUUGUAUUUGUAUAAUAUAAUAUAAUUUUCCAAAUGUUUUCAGCAUACAAUAUAGCUCAGUAUUAGUAUUAUUUAUUGUAUACAGUCUUUUUGGCACAUCUUUAUCAAGGGUGCCAAUAAUUUUGGAGGUGACUAUAGGUUGUAUGCCAUUUGGUCUGCCUGCUUGUAGUCCCAAAACUGAAAUAGAGCAGAGACUCAAAGUAGGACAGUGCAGAUAAGAGGGCCUAGUUUAUUUUCAACUCAUCUCUGAGAACUGUGGCCCAGAACACAGAGGAAGAAAACCAUCCUUUAUGUCCAUAGAUUCUGCCUGGCUACAUGCGAAAGCACAACCUUGAUGAUAACCUUGGGAGAUCAAUGAACAAAUGCUCAAGUUGUGCAUUGGGGACAUUGUUCGAAUUUGGCAGGCAACAUCUGCCUUGCAGGGCUGUAGUCCAUUAAUUACAGUGGGCUCCAAAAGUAUUGGGGCAGUCACUGUUGUUGUUGUUUUGGCUAGGUACUCCAGCACUAUGGAUUUCAAAUGAUACAAUGACUAUGAGGUUAAAGUGCAGACUAUCAGCCUUAAUUUGAAGGUAUUUUCAUCCAUAUCGGGUGAACUGUUUAGAAAUUACAGCACUUUUUGUACAUAGUCCCUUCAUUUUAGUUGACCAAAAGUAUUGGGAUAAAUUCACUUACGUGUAUUAAAGUAGUCAAAAGUUUAGUGUUUGGUUCCAUAUUCCUAGUAUGCAAUGAUUACAUCAAGCUUGUCACUCUACAAACUUGUUGGAUGCAUUUGCGGUUUGUUUUGGUUGUGUUUACAUUUUACAUUUACAUUUUAGUCAUUUAGCAGACGCUCUUAUCCAGAGCGAUUUACAGUUCGUUUCAGAUUAUUUUGCAUCCAACAAGUUUGUGGAGUCACAAGUAUGAUGUAAUCAUUGCGUGCUAGGAAUAUGGGACCAAAUACUAAACAUUUGACUACUUUAAUACACAUUAGUGAAUUUGUCCUAAUGCUUUUGGUCCCCUAAAAUGGGGGGACUAUGUACAAAAAGUGCUGUAAUUUCUAAAUGGUUCACCCAAUAUGGAUGAAAAUACCCUAACAUUUAAGAAAAAAUCCACCCAGAGCCACUCAAUCCUUUAAUUUACAGUGUUAAAUAACACUAAUAUGUGAGAACAAUACUUUUUGUGAACAAACAUUUCAUUUUGGUGUUAUAAAAACGUUGGUAGCAACAUGGAAAAUUGUUGUGGAAAUUUGUUGCACCUCAAGUCGGCUACAAAAUCCACAAUGCAAUGCUCUCUAUGGGCUGGAUAGCUAGCUAGCAAACGUGGCUACACACAAUAAUACCAAAGACAAUAUCAGCAUGAAACAUAGCUAGUUAGAUUUAACAUUGCCUAAACAAACUACACUAUCAAUUUAGGAGUCUACAAUCUCUUUUCUAUAAUAUACACUGCUCAAAAAAAUAAAGGGAACACUUAAACAACACAUCCUAGAUCUGAAUGAAUAAAAUAAUCUUAUUAAAUACUUUUUUCUUUACAUAGUUGAAUGUGCUGACAACAAAAUCACACAAAAAUGAUCAAUGGAAAUCAAAUGUAUCAACCCAUGGAGGUCUGGAUUUGGAGUCACCCUCAAAAUUAAAGUGGAAAACUACACUACAGGCUGAUCCAACUUUGAUGUAAUGUCCUUAAAAUAAGUCAAAAUGAGGCUCAGUAGUGUGUGUGGCCUCCACGUGCCUGUAUGACCUCCCUACAACGCCUGGGCAUGCUCCUGAUGAGGUGGCGGAUGGUCUCCUGAAGGAUCUCCUCCCAGACCUGGACUAAAGCAUCCGCCAACUCCUGGGCAGUCUGUGGUGCAACGUGGCGUUGGUGAACGGAGCGAGACAUGAUGUCCCAGAUGUGCUCAAUUGGAUUCAGGUCUGGGGAACGGGCGGGCCAGUCCAUAGCAUCAAUGCCUUCCUCUUGCAGGAACUGCUGACACACUCCAGCCACAUGAGGUCUAGCAUUGUCUUGCAUUAGGAGGAACCCAGGGCCAACCGCACCAGCAUAUGGUCUCACAAGGGGUCUGAGAAUCUCAUCUGGGUACCUAAUGGCAGUCAGGCUACCUCUGGCGAGCACAUGGAGGGCUGUGCGGCCCCCCAAAGAAAUGCCACCCCACACCAUGACUGACCCACCGCCAAAUCGGUCAUGCUGGAGGAUGUUGCAGGCAGCAGAACGUUCUCCACGGCGUCUCCAGACUCUGUCACAUCUGUCACAUGUGCUCAGUGUGAACCUGCUUUCAUCUGUGAAGAGCACAGGGCGCCAGUGGCGAAUUUGCCAAUCUUGGUGUUCUCUGGCAAAUGCCAAACGUCCUGCACGGUGUUGGGCAGUAAGCACAACCCCCACCUGUGGACGUCGGGCCCUCAUACCACCCUCAUGGAGUCUGUUUCUGACCGUUUGAGCAGACACAUGCACAUUUGUGGCCUGCUGGAGGUCAUUUUGCAGGGCUCUGGCAGUGCUCCUCCUGCUCCUCUUUGCACAAAGGCGGAGGUAGCAGUCCUGCUGCUGGGUUGUUGCCCUCCUACGGCCUCCUCCACGUCUCCUGAUGUACUGGCCUGUCUCCUGGUAGCGCCUCCAUGCUCUGGACACUACGCUGACAGACACAGCAAACCUUCUUGCCACAGCUCGCAUUGAUGUGCCAUCCUGGACGAGCUGCACUACCUGAGCCACUUGUGUGGGUUGUAGACUCCGUCUCAUGCUACCACUAGAGUGAAAGCACCGCCAGCAUUCAAAAGUGACCAAAACAUCAGCCAGGAAGCAUAGGAACUGAGAAGUGGUCUGUGGUUCACCACCUGCAGAACCACUUCUUUAUUGGGGGUGUCUUGCUAAUUGCCUAUAAUUUCUACCUGUUGUCUAUUCCAUUUGCACAACAGCAUGUGACAUUUAUUGUCAAUCAGUGUUGCUUCCUAAGUGGACAGUUUGAUUUCACAGAAGUGUGAUUGACUUGGAGUUACAUUGUGUUGUUUAUGUGUUCCCUUUAUUUUUUUGAGCAGUGUAUUUUCUAUAAUAUCUCUGAAAACUGCACCAUGCAAUGCACCCUGGACUAAAGAGGCAGACAAAUAGGAAAAAUAUACUAGACCCUCCAUUAAAUUACACAUUUCUCGAGGUAGGAAUAUUGCAAAAAUAUGAUCAAGACAUCCUCCCGAGUUAUGACAUCGGCCAGGAUUGAAAUCUGACAUGUAUGAUGGAUGUUUUUGCGAUCUAAAAGUCGUAUUCCUAUUAACUUCCGGUGUAGUGAGAACGACUAAAUCACGGUGCUACGUAAUACCGUCCGGAUUUCUCCCUGCCUGAACGCCAAUAAACUCAGAUACACAUAAAACAUGAAAUGACCCAGGGAAUCGCUAGAACAUCACUCAGAGAUGCACAUAAACAAUAUAGCAAUUCCCUUUAAGGCUGACAGUCUGCACUUUAACCUCAUAGUCAUUGUAUCAUUUCAAAUCCAAAGUGCUGGAGUACAGAGCCUAAACAACAACAAAAUUGUCACUGUCCCAAUAUUUUGGAGCUCACUGUAAUUAGUGGACUACAGCCCUGCCAAAUUCGAGCAAUGUCCCCAAUGCACAAGUUGAGCAUUCAUUCACUAAUCUCCCAAGGUUUUCAUCAAGCUUGUGCUUUCAAAUGUAGCCAGGCAGAAUCUAUGGCCAUAAAGGUUGGUUUUUCUUCCUCUGUGUUCUGGGCCACAGUUCUCAGUGACAAGUUGAAGAUAAACUAGGCCCCCUUAUCUGCACUGUCCUACUUUGAGUGUCUGCUCUAUUUCAGUUUGGACUAUUCAUGUACUAGAUCUACUCCCUGUUUCUUGUGUAAAGUUGUGUGAGCGUGUGUUUGCGCUCAUAUAUUUUGUGUUCAUGUUGUGUGUUUUGUGUCUGUGCACACAUGCCUGUUUAUGUCAGUGUGAAUUGUGUGUAAAGUAGGUCAUUUACUCUCUGGGCCCCUGAAUCGAAGUGACAAAUGUGCUACAUUUGUUUCUGUUUUCAAGAGGAAAUGCCUGUCAUGUGAUGGCUGCAAUGGCAUGUGAAAUGUGUUAUUCCCAUGGUUCUCAUUCAGAAUAUAUAAUUUCCACAUUGUGUUACCAGCAUUUUAUUCCAACUAUCCAAUUCCCACUAAUUUCAUGCUUUACAUUACUUUAAUCAUUCUGUCCUGUUAUACAUUUACAUUUACGUCAUUUAGCAGACGCUCUUAUCCAGAGCGACUUACAAAUUGGUGCAUUCACCUUAUGAUAGCCAGUAGGACAACCACUUUACCAUUUAUUUAUUUUUAUUUUCAUUUUAAAAAUAUUUUGUAUUUGUUUCGAUUUUAUAUUAGUUUUUAUUUUGUUAAUGUUAUUUAUUUUAUUUUUUAUUGUAAUUUAAAUAAAAUAAAACUAUACAUAUGUGUGGGGGGGGGGGGGGGGGGGGGGGGGGGGUAGAAGGAUUACUUUUAUACUAUCCCAGGUAUUCCUUAAAGAGGUAGGGUUUCAAGUGUCUCCGGAAGGUGGUCAGUGACUCCGCUGUCCUGGCGUCGUGUGGGAACUUGUUCCACCAUUGGGGUGCCAGAGCAGCGAACAGUUUUGAUUGGGCUGAGCGGGAACUGUGCUUCCGCAGAGGUAGGGGGACCAGCAGGCCAGAGGUGGAAGAACGCAAUGCCCUCGUUUGGGUGUAGGGACUGAUCAGAGCCUGAAGGUACGGAGGUGCCGUUCCCCUCACAGCUCCAUAGGCAAGCACCAUGGUCUUGUAGCAGAUGCAAGCUUAUUGUUGAGGAUGUUUUCAUCUUAAGUAGGACAUAUGAUUGAUUGGAGUCAUGAUAAUUAAAAACAAUAUGCCUCCGUUACCAUGUUUUAUUCUCAACACCUCUGUGCUCCCGGUCUCUUUACAUGCCUCAGGCUGUGUCCUGCGUGAAGUGUGCACACUUUCUUGCAUGGACUUAACAAUGGUGGAAACUCAGUCCAGCCAAUGCUUACACCAAUCAUUUGAGAUUGUACAAGUGCACCCUGCUGGAAAAGGGUGGAGAAUUUAGACGCAGCCAUAGUGGAAGACUCUAACUGACCAAAGACAUACUCUCUUCUCCUCUUUUUUUUUUAGGAACAAGAGGAGAACAAAGGUGCAACCAGCUGGCCAGAGUAUUACAUUGACCAGCUCAAUUCCAUGGCCGCCGUAAGUAAUGACUCCUUGUCAUUCUUUACUGUAGGUCUCUUUACUAUGAUUUUGUGUCAAUCUCUGUCAUUGACACUUCCAAAGUGAGUGUAGAGUCUACAGUGGUACUGAAUUUCACUUUCACACUCCUUAAACAGAUCUGGAAGAGACUUGAUUGUCAAAUAUAAGCAUUUAACUUAAUUAUUUACAUGCUUGAUAUCAGUGAUCCUAAAACCUGCUCCGCAGUAUGCAGAUUUAUGUCCCAGCUUAGUGCCAUCACUCCUGAUUCAACUGAUCUGCUGAGCUGGGACUAAAGCUUUGAACACACUGCGACGAUGAAUGGCUAAAAGCUGCGGGUGGCCGUCCUAUUUGCUGUCGCUGCGCAGUGUUAUAGGGACCACUCGGUUGCACUCGGCCGUCCAUGGUUCUGGUGUGUGUUCCCCAUAAAACUUGCAGUACUGCGGCUCUCCAGCAGCAGGAUGGACGAUCACUGUGUCUAUAUCAAUUUUUGCACUGAUUUGAGAUUAUCCUUGAUUCAAGCCUGAUCAGGUGAUAAAAAGCAUGUGCAAUAACUUAAAUGACUCCUAACUUAUCAAUAAAAGAGAUUGUACUCUAAUCUCAAAACAAUGUACGAAACAAAUAUAUACAGUAUAAUUACAUCGGUAAUCUGUAGCUCCUCUCAGAUCAGACCAAUCCUAAAUCAGGUUAACUCUGCAUUCAUGUUAGAUUAAAAUGUAAUCGCAGAGGACGGCAAUUGUCAGCAUUUUAACUCCUGGCACGUGCUAUGUUGAUAUGUUUUUGGUAAUAAUAUUGCAGUUUUGGCAGGUGCAAGAGGUUCUGGGAAAGCUCCAAAGAAAGACAGGCAAUAUCUAGCACAGACAUGCCUCAGGCCUAGACACAUCCAGCCGACUCAACUAUCUAGAACGGCUCCUUUGUAUUCAAAGAGCCGAGCAGAAACCUGGCACAGAUCUCCUUUAUCUAAAUGGCACGUUUUCCACUACACGUCAUUUAUAAUAAAAGCCACUGAACAUAGAAAUUGCUGGCACAUGCUGGGAUACUUGUUAUCGGACCCAAACAUGAUGGGCAGUCCCUUUUCAGGUGCUCGUUCCCCAGCUAUUCCACACGUUUGAUAAGCAGCAUAGGUUUUUAGCUGCCCAUCUACAAAAAGCAUAAAGACAUUUAAGCAAUUUGGUCAAGCAAAAUAUUACUUUCCAGUCAGAAAUGGUAUCUUUUUAAAGCCAGUAAUUAAAUACAUGAAUUAUACACCUUGAUUUUGAAUAUGACUUACAGUACAAAUACCUUCAUCAGUUUAGUACAACUUUCCUACCUUUAUAUAACCAAAUAACGAAGGACCUAUUACUUCUUGUUUUACUUCAUGUUUUUGUUGUAUUUUUGGAGACUGUGUAAGAAAACUAUUUAUUAAUCUAAUCGUGUUUAAAAAGUAAUGUUGCUCUCGCACUACAGAUAUACUGUAUCAUGCAAAUAUCAUGGUAUGCAUUUGCUCUGUUGUUUCUGUUGGUACUAUUCACAGUUACAGUGUGGCUUGAAAAUAAGGCACCUGGCUCAAGGGAGUAGUAUAAAAAAUUCACGCCAUUGGACUUGUUCAAACAGCUUUGGUAAACACUAUAUUUAUGUUGCACAGAGGAAGACACUCCUUGCCCUGGAGAAGGAAGAUGAGGAGGAGAGGAACAAAACAAUAGAGAGCCUGAAGACUGCUUUGCGGACGCAACCCAUGAGGUGCCCUGGCUCUCAAACUUCCAUGCACUUCACUGUACAGUGCAUACACUCGCUAAAGAAACUCAUUUAAAUAGACUUAUAUACACACACCCUCUUGUAGCUACCAUACAUAGAAUAAACACGAGGGAACAGGAUUGUUUUCUGAAAUGAAUUUGAUUACACAAACGCUUACAGACAUACUAUGUCGUGUAUAUAUACACACACACACACACACACACACACACACACACACACCCUUCUCUCUAUUUCCCUGCACUCUUCCUUCAAAAAUAAUUUUUACUCUCAUAGAAUACACUCAUAGCUGACCAGAGCUUUGAAUUAGAAUAACUGAAAUAACAGGGCCCUACAAGGAGUAAUUGCCAUUGGAGUUACAGACCUAUAGAAGUGUAUAUGCAGACCAGAAUGAACAACAACGGCCCAGUAAUUCAUUGCUGUAUGGUAUAUGGCUAGGCUGGAAGACCACUCUUGGAUAUUGUCACACAUGUCAUAAAUGAUAUGGUCCCUCUGCUGUGCUAGUUACAGUACCAAUGCUAUGUGGAGCAGUUAUGUAACUGCUCUAAAUAAAAGUUGAAAGUAGGCUUUAUUAUUCUAAUGCUUCAGGCAGUCCUUCCCAGAACACCUAAUCUUUCAUUCAAAUCACCUAUUAAGUCGUUAAUCAUACUGCUGUGGGGCAGUAACCUGGGUAGUGUUCAUUGCAACGUAAAACGUUUUAAAAUGUUUUGCAAUGGGAAAUGAAGAUUAGUGUUUCUUAUUGGCCCCUCCCGGUUUGUCUGUUUUCUUCAGUUUGGUGCCUAAUGAACACGACCCAGAUCUGCUCAAUGAACAUAUGGUGUCCCUCUGGCUGCAUUGUGUGUAGCACUUUUUUUUACACCAUUUAAUGACCCCAUGCCUUGUGACCCGAAGAUCAGGUGUCAGACUUUCACCCCCAGCGGUUAUGGUGGCACUUGGUCACUGACUGGAAUUGUAUUUCUUCAGGCCUUUGUUUUUUAACAACUUUGAUAACACACACACACUCACAGAGGUUGACCAUUUUCUAUGCAUUUUAGACCUAAUUACUAUUUUGGGUAUUUCCAGUGUGUAGGAUUAUAGUCUUCAUACCCUAUUUCAAGUGGAAGUAAUGAAAAUUACUACAUGAGAUCCCAUAGACUCUUUCCUCCAACUGGGAACUUACACUUUUACCUUUGUAUUUUUAUUGAUAUCCUGUUUCCCCUUGACCUUCCUCAGGUUUGUGACUAGGUUCAUUGACCUAGAUGGCCUGACAUGCAUCCUCAACUUCCUGAAGACCAUGGACUAUGAGACGACCGAGUCGCAGAUCCACACCUCGCUCAUCGGCUGCAUUAAGGCCCUGAUGAACAACUCCCAGGGGCGCGCCCACGUGCUCUCGCACUCGGAAAGCAUCAACAUCAUCGCCCAGAGUUUGGCCACCGAGAACGUCAAGACCAAGGUGGCGGUGCUGGAGAUCAUGGGCGCCGUGUGCCUUGUGCCUGGCGGCCACAGGAAGAUCCUGGAGGCCAUGCUCCACUACCAGCGCUUCGCCUGUGAGAGGACGCGCUUCCAGGUGGGCAAGGGGAGGGUUAUGAAUGAAUCAUUUAGUCACAGUUAGUUACCUAUCCCUUUUCAUUGUGUUGAAUAAACAUUCAGUACCAUUUAAUAUUGUAACAUUUUGACUUUUGGCCGGGUUAUAUACACUGAGUGUACAAAACAACCAGUUAAAAGCUAUGAUCUCUUAUUGAUGUCACUUGUUAAAUCCACUUCAAUCAGUGUAGAUGAAGGGGAGGAGACGGGUGAAAGAAGGAUUUUUAAGCCUUGAGACAAUUGAUACAUGGAUUGUGUACGUGUGCCAUUCAGAAGGUGAAUGGGCAAGAAAAAAGAUUUAAGUACCUUUGAAAGGGGUAUAGUAGUAGGUGUCAGGGGCACCGAUUUCUGUGUGUCAAGAACUGCAACGCUGCUGGGUUUUUCACGCUCAACAGUUUCCCUAGUGGAUCAAGAAUGGUCCACCACCCAAAGGACAUCCAACCAACUUGAUACAACUGUGGGAAGCAUUGGAGUCAACAUGGUCCAGCAUCCCUGUGGAACACUUUCGACACCUUGUAGAGUCCAUGCCUCGAUGAAUUGAGGUUGUUCUGAGGGCAAAAGGGGGUGCAACUCUAUAUUAGGAAGGUGUUCCUAAUGUUUUGUACACUCCGUGAAUAUUAGACUGCGUGUAAAAGAAAGGCACCCAAUUAUAGGUCUUCAUUUCAGCACUUUUACAAGCCGCAUUGACUACUGCACAUUUCCUUAGAACAUCCACCCUUUAUUCAAAUAGCACUAUUGGCUGGCCAUUUGCAACAGUAAAGACUUUAAUUUGGCUGAAGGGGUUUGGCUCUGUUUGGCUCCAAUGGUUUGUGCCACUUUGUGUCUGCAAUAUAAAUUGUGUCUACAAUAUGAUUGAUCUCUGAACGACUAGCCAUAACUGUGGUCAUCUCCUCACCUUCACCACCUAGACCCUGCUGAACGAUCUGGACCGGAGUACGGGUCGGUACCGGGACGAGGUCAACCUGAAGACAGCCAUCAUGUCCUUUAUCAAUGCUGUCCUCAGCCAAGGCGCCGGAGAGGUAAAAUUAGCCCUCAACCUCUGCAUCGCUUGUCUCCUCACCCCACACUUGCACCAUACCUCUCUUCAAUCGAACUUGUGCUACACCUCAAUCUGACUUAACUUUAUUGGCACCUACUUUUGAUCAUCUUGUUAUGUUGUUCCCAGGCCAGUUUGGAGUUCCGCAUACACCUCCGUUACGAGUUCCUGAUGCUAGGAAUUCAGCCAGUCAUUGACAAACUUCGCUCCCAUGACAACUCCACGUUAGACCGGUGAGUUGGACCACAGUUCACGUUAACCUGAAUAAUGAAACAAGUGCCUUUUUCUCUUGAUCUCUGACCAUGCAUGCCCCUAUUAAUUUGACUUAAUCUCCCCCAGGCAUUUGGAUUACUUUGAAAUGCUGCGCAAUGAGGACGAGCUGACUAUGUCGCGGCGUUUUGAAUCGGUAAGUGUAAACUUGUUCUUGUUUCAUUCCUGACUUCCAUUGUCGUUUGUGCUUGAUAAGGACUGUGACACGUCAACGUGUUCUCUCUUUCCCAGGUGCACAUAGACACUAAAAGUGCUUCCCAGGUAUUUGACCUCAUCCGGAAGAAGAUGAACUACACUGACGCAUACCCACACUUUAUCUCUGUCCUGCACCACUGUCUCCUCAUGCCUCGUAAGUGUUUCCCUGCCGCAUUCCUGACCUGCUGCUAACGUUGACCCCGGUCAGUAAGAAUUUAGCGCUGUGAGUAUUGUGUUUCCCUAUUCCAGUCAGUGAAGGCUGCUGAGGGGAGGACGGCUCAUAAUAAUGGCUGCAAUGGAGCAAAUGGAAUGGCAUCAAACACAUGGAAACCAUGUGUUUGAUGUAUUUGCUACCAUUCCACUGAUUCCGUUCCAGCCAUUACCACGAGCCCGUCCUCCCCAAUUAAGGUGCCACCAACCUCCUCUGAUUCCAGUAGAGCUGACCUGCUGUCUUCUUCCUGCUAGCUGUGUGUGUUUGCGUGCGAGUGCAUGUGCAUGUGUGUGGAUGUGCACAAGUGUGAAUGUGCAUGUGUCUGUGCACAAAUGAAUUUGUAUCCGUAUGAGGAUCUGUCUGCAAACCAAGACGGCAUCUUGCCCUUUAGCCACACUGUAUAAAUCAACUGUGGAAACCUCUUUCUGUCCCUAGCUAAAUAUCUACUUGUGCAGAGAGGCCUCUUCUACUCAACUUCCUCUCUGUAUCGGCUGUGUUUGAUGACACGUGUGAUCUCCCUGUCCCCCCCAGAUAAAAGGAGUGGAAACACAGUGCAGUAUUGGCUGCUGCUGGACCGCAUCGUCCAGCAGAUGGUCCUGCAGAACGACAAGGGCCACGACCCCGACGUCACGCCCCUGGAGAACUUCAAUGUUAAGAAUGUGGUCCGGAUGUGAGUGCUCUCCAUGUGACCCUUUAAGAUGACGAGGGAGAGAGGGAGCACGUCCUGCUUGAACUCAACUGACUGGGAUGAGCUGGGAUGAUCUAGGCCUAGUAAAGACAUGAGAAUUCAUAAUUGAACUGUCUAAUUGAAAUAUCUUCCAAGCUGACCCUCCAAUCAAUACGUCAAUACUGUAGGGAACCUCAGUCCCUUGUAGGCUUCUUAGAAAAUGUAUUUAAAAUCUGUUAGUCUGCACUGCUUCAGUGUGAAAACUGUAUUUUAAUUCCCAUAAUAGCAAUGAGCUCAGCUCCAUUUCCACAGGAUUGAUUGUUUGGGAUAUUGUCUUUCACAUAAGUCAAUGCAUCAGUCAUAGAAUGCUCACAUUGAGGACCCUCCGGUAACUUUGUUUGUGUCCCUCUCCUUACAGGCUGGUCAAUGAAAAUGAGGUCAAGCAGUGGAAAGAGCAGGCGGAGAAAAUGCGAAAAGGUCAGUUUAAUUUUUUGAGUUGCUUCUUUGUGAAACACUGCCCUUUGGCUCUAUUGCACAUUUUUAAAAAGACCACAAAGAAACCGAGUUUUGAAUUAAUUUACACUUCACAUGGAAGGGGUUGACUAAUUUCAAUAUGUACAAGUAAUACAAAUCGGCAGGGAUGGUUUUUCAGAGGAUGCCAAUUAAAUGGUACAGUUCUCCACAGUGAACUAGUCCCCUGUAGCUCAGUUGGUAGAGCCAUGGCGCUUGCAACGCCAGGGUUGUGGGUUCGUUUCCCACGGGGGGCCAGUAUGAAAAUGUAUGCACUCACCAGUCGCUCUGGAUAAGAGUGUCUGCUAAAUGACUAAAAUAUAAAUGUAAAUGAACUAGUGAAUGUGUUCAUCUUAAUGCCUUUAGGCUUUAUGCUUAUCAGAUGAAUUGGACUGCUGUGGAUAUGAAUGUAGCUACUUGCCGGUCAGCCAACACAAGUUUUGAACCUUUUAUUGUGUAUUCGUAUCUCUUGUAGCUCACUAUUGGACUAGUAGUCUUUGAAGAGUCCUCAACCUCACCAGUAGCACAUUGAUCCAGUCACUGCCUACUAUUGCCCCAUAUGUUACCCUGCCCCUUUUAGAUCUAUCCUGCACUAUCAGAAAUAACAGCAGACAACCAUAGCAUCUUCUGAGCCACCAUGUGGUCCCAUGGGUUGAUCACAACAAAGAUUGUGAUUUAACAUUAGAAAAUGAUCAUAGAAAGGAACGGGCAACAUCCAAAUGUCUUAAUUGAAUUGAAAUGGAACCAAACCUGUUCACUCUCACAAACAACAUAACCUCCAACCCCAUUGGGCAGAGCACCACGAGCUCCAGCAGAAGUUUGAGAAGAAGGAGCGUGAGUGUGACGCCAAGACCCAGGAGAAGGAGGACAUGAUGCAGACCCUCAACAAGAUGAAGGAGAAGCUAGAGAAGGAAAGCACCGAGCACAAGGCGGUCAAGCAGCAAGUGGCUGACCUCUCUGUCCGGCUGCACGACCUCAGCUCUGUACGUCACCCUUCAACUCCUUCAUACUUAUACAAAGAAAUGGCACCAAAUAUGCCUUAAUGUAGAUUCAUUAUGUUUCAUCAAGAUUCAUUAACUGUUAUUAGAUUUACAGUACAUUAUAGAAAAUACAUGAUUUCAAGGCACCUAAAGUAAAUUACUGGAUGGGUCUCUGAUGCAACCAAUGUUACUACAUAAGAUUGAAAGUGAGCGAUAAGAUAAGGAUUGAAAUACGAUUCAUUAAGAUGUGAUGGUGCAUUGUCUUUAUCUGUGUAUUUCCCCCCAACAUUUCCAGAGACAGAUUGCCAGUGUCCCAGGCGGUCCCCCCUUCAUCCCUGGCCCCCCUGGUGGGCCUCUCCCGCCCCCCCCUCCCCCAGGAGGCAUGAUGCCCCCUCCACCACCCCCAGGGGGUAUGAUGCCCCCUCCACCGCCCCCACCCCCAGGUGGUCCCCCGCCUCCUUUUGGACGGCCACCCAUGGGAGGGAUACCUCCUCCCCCUGGGGCACCCCUAGGGUCCGCCCUCAAGAAGAAGAACAUCCCCCAGCCGUCCAACCCACUAAAAUCUUUCAACUGGGCCAAGCUAGCUGAGGUGAGAGUGCAUGGGUUUGAACAGGGUCAUGUUCAUUAGAGAUCAAACAGAAGUCAAUGGACUGAAACAGGGAUAGACUACCUAGACUUGUCCAAUAAGGAACACUCAUUUUUGUUCUCUGUUGCAAAACGUUGGUUUCCGUUGUGUGCCCUAAAGAACAUGACCCUGGUAGUUCCCUACAGAGUCAAUAUGACCUCCUCUUUGUCAUCAUUGAUAGCGACAGGGACAUUUUAGUCUGUAAACCCUGCUCACAAUAUUUUGUUCCCUGAACGUUUCGGUUUAGUUAAGGAGAAUGUUACCUUUUCCCAGUUAUUCAAGUGCACUUAGAAUGGGGAACCAGAUGAAAACAUUCCCGUAUGUUCUGGGAAUAUUUCUUGUUAGCGUUUAAGCUGAUUCUAGAUUAGCUCCCAUAAGUGAUUAUUCUUCUGUUGCAAUCUUUGAAUAACAGACUCUUGUGUUAGGCCUUGGUGAUUGAACUAUGGUUGCUGGAGAUUGCUUACAGAACAUAUUGAGGAUACUGAAAGCCAGGGUUGGGGUCAAUUCCAUCUCAAAUCAGUCAUUUCAGGAGGUGAACUGACAUUUUCCUAAUUGCUUGGAAUUUCAGUUUACUUCUUGAAUUGCCUGAAUUGAAAUGGAAUUGACCCCAACCCUGCUGAAAGCGCCACCUCAAAAAAUCUAAAUACAAUUCUCCCACUCUCCAUCCAAGAAUAAGCUGGAGGGCACUGUAUGGACAGAAGUCGACGACGGGAAGGUUUUCAAAAUUCUCGACCUGGAGGACAUUGAGAAGACCUUCUCGGCCUACCAGAGACAACAGGUACUGUACUGCGGCCAAGUGUUCUCGCUGGUCCUGCUGAACAAGAGAAGAGUUUUAUAGAGCCCCCAACACAUAUCCAUCCUCCACCCUUUCCCCUCUUAUUCCGUUCUUGUUAGAAGCACCAAUACAAAACAUGACUUCACUCAUGCUGAUUAUUUGCCAUCUCACAAAUGUAGAGUAAUACCAUAUUGUUUGGCUAGUGUGCAGUUUUAUGGCAUUUGACACUACUAAGUAACAUAAAAGCCUUGUAUGUAUGAAUAACAGAAAUACAAAAAAGCGCUGACUACACAGUAUUUAUAAGGUUUCUUAGCAUACACUGUCAUAACCUUUUUAUGAUGCUAGAGUAUCAAUGUAAAAUAUCUUAAAGAUCAUCAGACAAGUAAAGAUUGGGUUUGGCCCUUAGUGCCUGCAGCUUAGUAUUACCUAGUACCGCAACACUGAUGCAAACAGAUCACUAUAGUGUCGUCAGGGGAAACAGAGGGACUUUUGUGUUAACAAACAUUUGCAGACCGUGUCCUUAACCACUGACGAAAUUGGACCCAGGGCUAUUAAAAGCAUCAGUUAGCUAGCACAUAAGCCACAAACACGAGGGUAGCUCUUCUCUCGCUACUCACUGGCCCUCUGUAUGGAAUGCAAAUCUGCUUGAGUUCACCUCGAUCAUACUAAUACAAGAGAUUUAGUCACAAUGUAGCCUAGGUUUUCAUUAUGCGCUAUUUAAAUCAGGGGUGUCAAACAAUGAGGCCCAACAUCUGAUUUAAUAUGGCCCCCAUGUGUCCCCCAUCACUAGUUUAUUUGUAUAUUUAAAAUAUAUAUAUUUGAAUAUGGUUUUUAAAAAAUCUACAAACAUUAGUGAAUUCAUAGUUAAGGCUCUGUUGUAGAUGAGACCGCUCUCACAUUUGCCUUAACAUUUUGACAUCCCUGGUCUAAAUGAACAUUAUGACAAACAUAUCACACUCAACUGACUCCAAUGUUACCACAUUUGUUUUGCCUGUGACUCACACUAACACCAGCACCUCAUGAUCAGCUCGCACACAUGCAUGCACGCAAACACACAUGUACAUUUUGCAAUGCCCCAGCCCCCAACCUACACCCAUCUCUAAUGGCCCAACAGCCUUUGCUUGCCUACGCAGUCACACUCCCUCUUCACUCAUCUCUGAUGUCCUUUAUGAGCUUGUUUCUAUUUGUUUGUUUUGGCCUGGAUUCACCCAACUGUGCUAUCAUUAUAACGAGUGCCCACAUCUUCCUUGCUUCUUGCCUGCGUUCUAGGACUUCUUUAUGGUCAAUAACAGCAAACAGGUGAGUUCACUCAUUUCCACACCCAAAAUGGUGUGGCAUUUUUGUCAUCCUCCUCCUCUUCUAUCAUUUAGGACAUUUUGCUUUUCUUAUCUUAUCCUCUUGACAUCUUCAUCCUCUUGAAGAUAUAUACACUACCAGUCAAAAGUUUGGACACACCUACUCAUUCAAGGAUUUUUCUUUAUUUUUACUAUUUUCUACAUUGUAGAAUAAUAGUGAAGACAUCAACACUAUGAAAUAACACAUGGAAUCAUGUAGUAACCUAAAAAGUGUUAAACAAAUCAAAAUAUAUUUUAAGUAGCCACCCUUUGCCUUAAUGACAGCUUUGCACACUCUUGGCAUUCUCUCAAUCAGCUACAUCUGGAAUAAUUUUCCAACAGUCUUGAAGGAGUUCCCACAUAUGCUGAGCCCUUGCUGGCUGCUUUUCCUUCACUCUGCGGUCCAACUCAUCCCAAAUCAUCUCAAUUGGGUUGAGGUCAGGUGAUGGUGGAGGCCAGGUCAUCUGAUGCAGCACUCCAUCACUCUCCUUCUUGGUCAAAUAGCCCUUACACAGCCUGGAGGUGUGUUGGGUCAUUGUCCUUUUGAAAAUUAAGUGAUAGUCCCACUAAGCCCAAACCAGAUGGGAUGGCAUAUCGCUGCAGAAUGCUGUGGUAGCCAUGCUGGUUAAGUGUUCCUUGAAUUCUAAAUAAAUCACCGACAGUGUCACCAGCAAAGCAUCCUCACACCAUAACACCUCCUCCUCCAUGCUUUACGGUGGGAUUGACUGACCUUCAUGUCUUAAAGUAAUGAUGGACUGUCGUUUCUCUUUGCUUAUUUGAGCUGUUCUUGCCAUAAUAUGGACUUGGUCUUUUACCAAAUAGGGCUAUAUUCUGUAUACCACCCCUAACUUGUCACAACACAACUGAUUGGCUCAAACGCAUUAAGAAGGAAAUUCCACAAAUUAACUUUUAAGAAGGCACACCUGUUAAUUGAAAUGCACCUCAUGAAGCUGGUUGAGAGAAUGCCAAGAGUGUGCAAAGCUGUCAUCAAGGCGGCUACUUUGACGAACCUCAAAUACAAAAUAUAUUAUGAUUUGUUUAACACUUUUUUGGAUACUACUUCCAUAUGUGUUAUUUCAAUGUUUUGAUGUCUUCACUACUAUUGUACAAUGUAGAAAAAAAGCAAAAAUAAAGAGAAACCCUUGAAUGAGUAGGUGUGUCCAAACUUUUGACUGGUAGUGUGUGUGUGUGUGUGUGUGUGUGUGUGUGUGUGUGUGUGUGUGUGUGUGUGUGUGUGUGUGUGUGUUGUGUGUUGUUGUGUUGUGGUGUGUGUGUGUUGUGUGUGUUUGUGUGUGUUGUUGUGUUGUGUUGUGUUGUGUUGUUGUUGUUGUUGUGUUGUGUUGUGUUGUUUGUUGUUGUUGUGUGUGGUGUUGUGUGUGUGUGUUGUAUGUAUGUAUGUAUUUUCGAUUUUUCAGGUGGUGCUUCAGCACCCCUGCUUCCCGCGGCUAUGUAGCAACAUGAAUAAAUAAUUAAAGAUUAUGGUUUCCAUAAAUCAACAAUUGCCUUUUGUACAUUGCAGUAGUUUAGGCUUAGUAACUAGGUUUUUUUCUGUGAAGGAAAUACCCGCUCUUAUUUUAAAGUAUGUAAAGAAAAAUCCAAUCCCCUCUUUAUGAGAAUGUCCAUUCACUCUCAAUGCGACAUGUCUUUUUAAAAUGUAAUUUAUGUCUGCGUCUGUUGCUGUGUGUUCGCACACGUAUGUGCCUGUGCGCACGUAUGUGUAUUCGUCCAUGUAUUUUCGUGUGUUUUGUUUUUCUUAUCUUUUCAUAAGUUAGUGUCUCGUAUUUGUGUGUUUGUCUUUCUUUACUUUUUUUGUGUGUGUGUGUAUUCCUACUGUUGCUCCUACUUAAGAUACCUACCAUUCUGAAAUGCCUCUCCUCUGAACGACUCUCCACAGAAAGAGAGUGAGGAUUCGGACUCCUUGAGCUCCAAGAAGGUCAAGGAGCUCUCGGUCAUCGAUGGCCGCCGAGCCCAGAACUGUAAUAUACUCCUGUUGCGGUGAGUGUGUGAAUCCUGGCAGCCAGAUAAAUUCCUGGUCAAUGGCAGUUGUCAGAAACUGGGCCAUGCUAUUGAGGUCAUUUCCUGUUCUGAUGAGAGUAACAUAUUAGCACUGCAAUGUCAUAUCCUGUUGAUUGUAAAUACUUUUUAUUGUCUAAUUAUGAUUUGAUCCUGAUGUCAGUGAGUAGGCUUUCUUCUUUGCGUCAUUCUUCUCUUUCAAAGCAGGCCCCAGUGAAUCAUGGGGGACUUUAUCUCAUAAUCAAAACAUUCUCUCACUCUCUUUCUUUACAUUAGGCUAAUCUUGAAAACCCAGAACUAAACUAUUGCGUAAUUGCGUCAGGUAUGAGGGAAGAUGUAUGAGAAAAUAUACUAACGAGACUAGCGAAGUCUCCACCCCCCUAAACGGAAACUCUCAGCCAAAGCCCCUUUUGAUGAAAGUUAGCUUUACAGAGAAAGUUUCAUGAUUAUCCAAUGAAAGGCGCAUGUUUUACAAAAUGGGCUACAAUUUGGCAGCAUAUUGAUGAUUAUAGCAUCACAAAUGUGUGGUUAAUACGCAGAUUGUUUUGCCCCAAUGCAAUGUGUAGAAUGAGUCUUGCUUGUGCUACUGCAAAAUCCUAAAUUACAACAGAUAGAGAAAGUUGUAGCCUACAUCCUAAAUUAGCCUACAAAAUAUAUACAAAAAUUGAAUGUUCGUUCAAAUCACUGUGGGGUUUUUUUUUCAGCUGUUCAGAGAUGUAGGCUACAUCAUGUCAAUCAAAUUGGUUGAGGGUUCAGAAGAGGGUGAGUAAAGAGAGAAGUGUGAAGGGAGGGGAGAGGAGGGUCAGCAGAAGCUACGUAAAAAAAAACGUGUGCGGCAGACAGUAGACAUUCAAGGUGAUAAUGCUUCAUUUAUGACAUUGUUUUUAAAAUAUAUUGACAGUAGAAGUUACUUGGAGACAAAUUCCAGGCUCUCAAAACUUGACUGAAACAACAUGAAACAGCAGCUCUCCGUUAGCAGAGCUGCUGUGAUUUCUCAUUAAUUGAAUGUGGUCUGGUAUAAUAAGUAAGCCACACAUAUUCACACAGAGGGGAACUUUAAUUUAAUCAAGACUUAUCUGACUCAAAACGACCAUGAAACAAGCCAAAAUGGAACCCACUACUUCUAAUGCUUUCUUUUUGGGUGUUCAAAUCGGGUUGUCCCACAUCAAGGCGAUUUGAUUUACAGUUUGGUGGAAGAGGACCAUUCGGUUGUGAUGCAAGAUUAAUGGUUUUGCUCAGGAAGAGAGAUGGUUGUGUUUUUGGUUUUCCUGGUCAUGAACUCCACUCAAUAAUUGCUCUCUCUAAGUGAGCUUAGACCACUUCUAACAAUUUAUUGAAAGGGUGUGGUUUUACAAUAGAAGUAGAGUUGAUUGUAGGAUCACAACUUGUUCUUUUUUUUCCAAAAGCUAGAAGGUUGAGGUUUCUCAGUCAGAGGAUGUGGUGUGAAAUGAAGUUGCUCCAUAGCUAGCUUUUAUUUUACAAUGUGUUUAUUAGGUUUCCCAAGUAAAAACUGUGCACGCACACACACACACACACACAAACCGAACUAGCUCCCCUUACACAGUCUGGCCCAUCUCGCAAUUCACAACCCCCAUGUCAAAAGGCUGUGACACAGAAUCCUAGCUAAAAUCUGAUCAACCGCCUCUCCUAUACUAAUUUCAUUUAAUGGUUUUUAAUGGGCUUCAAAAAGCCUUUAACAGAGACCACCCAUGCGGACGCUCUCCAAAGGGAUUGAAUGGAGAACUACGCUCCCUUUUAAGAGGGUGCCCUCAGACGAAUGUGGCCUGAUUUUUGAGGAGCAAACAUGAUCUGUGGAACAGCUGUGGUCAAUGCCAUUUAAAGACACCAGAGACAAAGAUGCUCCCAUCAAUGGGCAGUGAUGCUAGCAGUUUAGUAAGCAGUAGCACAAGUAGACACAUCUCAAAGGUGGAAUUAUCAUUUAGAAAAUACAAUGUCACUUUGCUCUAACAGAUCUACAUAAACAGAUAACAACAGUUGUAUUUUGAGUUUGUCCCUUAUUUGAGUCAGAAUUUUGGGUCGAGACAUACUUUAUUGAACUUGCAUGUAGACCCGUUAGUCCCGGGGAGAAAAUUGCCUGCUUAGCAACAUAGGUUAAUAGUUUCAGCAACAACCAUAUAAUACUUUUGUGUUUGGUCUAAAAUGGCAGGGGCAGGCGCGAUUUCAGCAAUGGAGUUCCUAUAAGUGUUCUGUGCAUUUAAGUGCUCAGACGACUAUGUGCUGUGUGCCAAGGAAGGUUCUCUUUGACAUAGAAAGUGUUCUGGUCCUGUUUUCCCAGCAUUCCUGUUUCCAACUCUCUGCCUUUCCUCUUCUUCUGGCAAACUAAAUUUCAUUCCGUAGAAAGGCAGUUAUGAAUAUUCAUGAGUCUCGACAUAGAACCCGUCGGGUGAUUGGUUGAACCUUAUUGAGUGUGUGAAAUUACACAAACGCUCUACAGAGUCGUCUGUUUAGCUAGCUCUUGCCGCGGGCAUGAGCAGUUAACACCGACCGGACGACUUGGGAAACCCAGCUUCAGCUUGAUCACCAAAUUAAUUGGGAAAUAAAUAAAAGCCUGUAGCUACCAAUCUAUGUUUGUUUCACUGUCCGAUCAUUGUAAAAAAAAACGAGCACACUAACUGUUAUUUAAAUCUUUCCACAAACUGUUAAGUUGCGUCAAUUCAAAUCUGGUAUUGGAACAAAAAGAGGUCAAUACACGUCUUCUAAAAUAGACUAGUAUUUUAAUUAAUGCAAAACACUUCAAUGGUAAAUAUGAUGUUCGUAUAUACGGGUCCACUGAAAUACCACACAGGGCAGUCAGAGAACUGGUCCAUUGUUAUAAGUUCUUCUUUAAAUACUCUGACAGAGAUAGUUCCCGCUCGCUGCUGGCCUAUCAGAGUAGAGACUGAGCGUGAUUUAGACUUACUCAGCCUAUCGUUGGCGCACUGGCUGGUCCCAGUCCCUUGGCGCUUCACUGUUGCCAGGUGUUUAGUUGUUUUGCAACUUGUCUCGAGUCAGCAACCUCAGACAUCUUUGUAGCAGAACACAUGUCCUUGAGCGGUCUAACAAAGAGGCAGUGUGUGUGUAUGUGAGACACAAGUCUUAUCUCAGCCUACCCCCUAAUAGUUCCCCACAUUAAUCACAGCUUGUUAUGUUAAACAGUCUAUCAGUACAGCACAAACCUAUUAUGUUUAAUCAUUAAUGCUUUCUUAUUAAGCUAACAGCACAUCUAAAAUAUAAGAGAAUAAUUUCCCACAAAACUGUCUGGUAUGUGUUGGUUGAUAUGACCAAGUUAACCCAAAUGUAUCAAAGAAUAGGUAAUGCAUUCACGAUUAGUUAGUGGCUACUGCCUGACCAGUAAACUAGCUAGCUACAUUUCAGUAAUUAGCUAUGCACCUAAAUGCGGUGGUCAGUAGAUUAACUAACGGUGAGUUGAACAUAUUUGUCUGAAAACGAACUAGUCGCUAGUUAUUGUUGCCCGUGUCGAACCAGUUGGCUAAUGGGUAACCCAUGAGCUCCUGAAUCUAGUAGUGAUGUGCCUUUCAUAAAAGCGUCGUUCUUUUUGAACGACUCUUUUUAAUGACUCGAGUCAUGAUACGUUUUUCUCAGUGACUUAAUACGCGCUCCUCCAGCAGGAUUAAUACACGCUCCGACCAACAACUGUAAAAUAGAUCAUGCUGCAGGCAGCAAUGACAGCAAAGAGAAGAAAAAGACAUGUUUAGAACUGGUUAUUGAUCUCAUGGUGCAAGAAUACAUGCAAAUAAUUCAUUAUUGAAUGUUAUGAUGAACACAGCUUUGUAGAACCAAAACAUGCACACAGUCUGCUCAACAAAAUCGAACAUGAGAACAAAUAGUUUGAGAUGCUACAGUUCGCGAACAAUAUUGUGCUUAUCACCCUCACGGCAAGCAAUGCAUUCCGACAAUCUAGUCCGGUUGCAGCCACAACUAGACCUCGUUUCAAAUGUAUCAAGAAAUAAUCUUAUUUGUAUGCCUAGCAAUCAACAAAUGUACAUUGUUUAAAGCACACUUUUACAAGUCUGUCACAAAUGACAGCUCCAAUAAGCCCCUUACGGUGAGCAAAAUAUUAUUUCACGUUUUCAGUUCAUCGUUUGCGGGUAGGGGGUCCUGCGUGCUCUGGGCAUUAUUGACUCAAAUGAACAAAACGAGUCGUAAGAUUCGUUAUUUUUACUGAAAUCAGUAAAAAGAGCCGACCUUCCCAUCACUAGUCUAGCUAGCUGUGUCUUUUAGCGUCCACUACUAGCUAGCUAGUUAGCUACUGCAUGGUCAGAGUGAGUCCUCAUGUUAGCUAGCCAGCUAGCUACAUUUCAGUCAGUAGCUAUCCUUCUAAAUGCGGUGGUCACUUGAUAAACUAGCAAUGAGUUGAACAUAUUUGGCUGAAAAUGAACUAGUAGCCAGACUUUGUUGUUGCCCAUGGUGGAAGCCUAUGUGCCCAUGUGCUCCCGAGUCUAAAAGCAGUCUAACUAACGUUAGCUAGCGUUGCAAAUUAGCAUUUCGCUAGCUAGUGGAGCUGUUUUGUAAGAAAAUGGCUGAGAUUACUCAAACACUGUAGCUAGCUAGCAAGCCCUCCUCAGCGACAAUGUUAUUGGGGUGGAAUGUUAGAAUGAUAUUUAUUUCACUUAUCGAAAAACGUAAUAAAAGGUAUCAGGUAGAAGUAAAUUAAUCCACAAAUACCAAUAUAAUUGUACAUAUCUUAAAUUACCAAAUGUUCAUGAAUUUGAUGAUAUAAGCUUGAAGCAUGUUCAAAAACAGUACAGGACUUGAAUCGGGAAGUAGGCAGGACAUUCAUAGGGCUGGCAGGUAGCCUGGCGGAAAGGAGCGUUGGGCCAGUAACCGAAAGGUUGCUGAAUCGAAUCCCUUAGCUGACAAGGUAAACAUAUUUCGUUCUGCCCCUGAGUAAGGCAGUUAACCCACUGUUCCCCAGCCACAGAAGACGUGGAUGUUGAUUAAGGCAGCACUUUGCACCUCUCUGAUUCAGAGGGGUUAGGUUAAAUGCAGAAGACACAUUUCAGUUGAAUGCAUUCAGUUGUACAACUGACUAGGUAUCUCCCUUUCCAAGUGUGGCUGGUUUUUAAAGUGAGCAGCCGACAGAGCCUGUCUGGCACCUGUUCCCCCUCUGGGUAGUUCUCAGAGCCGGCGCAUAAAAUCAGACUCAUCAUUUUUACAUUAAACAGGACAACUCCACGAGGGAGAGGCCUUUAAGGUCAUCUGUCUCUUUUUCAGCAAAUCUCCCAGAUGUCUCUCCAGACAGACAUACAGUUCCUCCCUAUGAUAUUGUAUAUAAAUAAACUGCACAUUUGGCUAAUUUGUGAAAUACAUGUUUAAAAACACAAACCAGUUAGGAAGUGCCAAGAACUGGACACUGGCAAUAAGGCUAAGAAUUUAAGUUUGCAGUGUUUCUCACUUUACUUUUCCUGCGGUUUGAAGUUCAGUAUUGCAGGCUAAAGUUGAAUUAUACAUUUUGUAUUAUCUAUUUGUUUAGGUUGAGGCUUUGUGGCACUUCUUGUUGAUGUGCUCUUGACAUCAAAGGAGAAAGCUGAGGCAUAUUCCAAUUGAAUCUUAGAAGUGCUUAAAACAAAUUCUGUCAGUGAUAUUUGGGCGGGAGUUAUUCGAAUUUACAAAUCACAUGAUGCCUCAAAAACAGUUAUAGUAUUAAUGGUGGUUCUAGUGUGAAUGAGAGUUCCUGUAGUUGAGUUGAGUUUUCCUGUGAGUUGAAAGUGGCUGACAUCUCCUGUGAUUGUCGUCCAGGCUGAAGCUGUCCAAUGAGGAGAUGAAGAGGGCGAUCUUGACCAUGGACGAACAGGAGGACCUCCCCAAGGAUAUGCUGGAGCAGGUAAGUCUAGCAAAAUCACAUGGGCUUGAAACAGUAAACUUGCACACCUGAAUGUGCUUCCAGGUGCAUGGAGCAAAACUUAUACUUGUUAAAAAGAAGAAAAACUCCAGUAAUCGUUAUGCUCCCAAUGUCAUUUUCUGUCCCUCAGUGAGCAAAAUCAAAUAGAUGAGAUUUCAAAUAGACAGGAUGCAUUUCUGGAUUGCAUCCACAUAAGUGAUCACCUCCAUUUCAUGAACAUCAUAUAAAGAGAGAUUUAAGAUUCCAUUGCAGUAUUGUAAGUGACAUAGUAGAUUUAUGUCAGUGCAAUGUUUAGCUAUGCUACAUAUGUUGCUAGUGAAUGGCCAGUCACUUUCAUGGCUCCUCCUCAGAUGCUGAAGUUUAUUCCAGAGAAGAGUGACGUGGACCUCCUGGAGGAGCACAAGCAUGAGCUGGACCGCAUGGCCAAGGCUGACCGCUUCCUUUAUGAGAUGAGCAGGUAGGAUGAACUGAGAGAGAGAACUCGAGAAGUAGACCAAGGGCCUGAUUCGAUCAAACGUGUUUUAGCUAAAUGUAUGCAGUGUAUUUUUUUGCACCAGUGAUUGUCCAGGGUUUGAACCUGAACCUCCUGUGCUACAAGUCAAUCAAUCAAUCAAUCAAUCAAUCAAUAGAUCAAAUGUAUUUAUAAAGCCCUUUUUACAUCAGCAGAUGUCACAAAGUGCUGUACAGAAACUCAGCCUAAAACCCCAAACAGCAAGCAAUGCAGAUGCAGAAGCAUGGUGGCUAGGAAAAACUCCUUAGAAAGGCAGGUACCAAGGAAGAAACCUAGAGAGGAACCAGGCUCUGAGGGGUGGCCAGUCCUCUUCUGGCUGUGCCGGGUGGAGAUUUUAAGAGUAUGUGGUCAUUUAAGGCCAGAUUGUUCUUCAAGAUGUUCAAACGUUCAUAGAUGACCAGCAGGGUCAAAUAAUAGUCAGUGGUUGUAGAGGGUGCAACAGGUCAGUACCUCAGGAGUAAAUGUGGACUGGGGACAGCCAGGAGUCAUCAGGCCAGGUAGUCCUGAGGCAUGAUCCUAGGACUCAGGUCCUCCGGGAGGGGAGGGAGAAAGAAUUAGAGGGAGCAUACUUAAAUUCACACAGUACACCAAAUAAAACAGGAGAAUUACACCAGAUAUAACAGACUGACCCUAGCCCCUCGCCACAUGUACUAUUGCAGCAUAGAUACUGGAGACUGAGACGGGUGGGUCGGGGGAGACUGUGGCCCCGUCCGGCUAUACCCCCGGACAGGGCCAACCAGGUAGGAUAUAACCCCACCCACUUUGCCAAAGCACAGCCCCCACACCACUAGAGGGAUAUCAACAGACCAAGAAUUUACUACCCUGAGACAAGGCUGAGUAUAGCCCACAAAGAUCUCCUCCACCGCACGAGCCCGAGGGGGCGCAAAACCGGACAGGAAGAUCACGUCUGUGAUUCAACCCACUCAAGUGACGCACCCCUCCUAGGGACGGCAUGGAAGAGCACUAGUAAGCCAGUGACUCAGCCCAUUAUUGGAUCAGAGGCAGAGAAUCCCAGUGGAGAGAGGGUAGCCGGCCAGGCAGAGACAGCAAGGGUGGUUUGUCGCUCCAGUGCCUUGCUGUUCACCUUCGCACACCUGGGCCAGACUACACUCAAUCAUAGGACCUACUGAAGAGAUUAGUCUUUAGUAAUGACUUAAAAGUCGAGACCGAGUCUGCGUUUCUCACAUGGAUAGGCAGACCAUUCCAUACAUAUGUAGCUCUAUAGGAGAAAGCCCUGCCUCCAGCUGUUUGCUUAGAAAUUCUAGAGACAUUAAGGAGGCCUGUGUCUUGUGACUGUAGUGUAUGUGCAGGUAUGUAUGGCAGGACCAACUCAGAGAGAUGGGUAGGAGCAAGCCCCUUAAUGCUUUGUAGGUUAGCAGUAAAACCUUGAAAUCUGCCCUAGCCUUAACAGGAAGCCAAUGUAGAGAGGCUAGCACUGGAGUAAUAUGAUAAAAUAUUUUGGUUCUAGUCAGGAGUCUAGCAGCUGUGUUUAGCACUAACUGAAGUUUAUUUAGUGCUUUAUCCGGGUAGCUGGAGAGUAGAUUGUUGCAGUAGUCUAAUCUAGAAGUGACAAAAGCAUGGAUUAGUUUUUUUCUGCAUCAUUUUCGGACAAAAAGUAUCUGAUUUUUGCAAUGUUACGAAGAUGGAAAAAAAGCUGUCCUUGAAAUAUUCUUGAUAUGUUCGUCAAAAGAGAGAUCAGGGUCCAGAGUAACGCCAAGGUCCUUCACAGGUGUAUUUGAGAUGACUGUACAACCAUCAAGAUUAAUUGUCAGAUCCAACAGCAGAUCUCUUUGUUUCUUGGGACCUAGAACUAGCAUCUCUGUUUUGUCCGAGUUUAAAAGUAAAACAUUUGCUGCCAUCCACUUCCUUAUGUCUGAAACACAGGCUUCCAGGGUAGGCAAUUUUGGGGCUUCACCAUGUUUCAUCGAAAUGUACAGCUGUGUGUCGUCCGCAUAGCAGUGAAAGUUGACGUUGUGUUUCCGAAUGACAUCACCAAGAGGUAGAAUAUAUAGUGAAAACAAGAGUGGUCCUAAAACAAGUCCAUGUUAAGCUCACUAAGCUAAAGCCUAGACAUUAUCUUGGUGAGCUAACGAAAGUCUACAGGUCACAGGCAAGCUAACUUCCUCAUUAUGCGAGCUUGGUUCCCAUGUUCUCACAUUCCCACAGAAAUUGAUGAUUCCCACCAUUACUUAAAAACAAAACAAGUCCCAUGUUGAGAGGGGGGUGUUUUAUUCUCACCGUCUCAGAGUGGAGCCAAUGACACCAUGGUAUUUCGACCUGUUCCAGACAGUGUAUCUCGCUGUUUAGUCUAUGCACUGUAAGUCACUGUUGACCAAAGAGUCUGCUAAAUGAAUUUAAACGCAGACACAGGGAACUUCCCUGCUUAGACCACCCACCCCAAAGCCUGAAUUGAGUUUGCUGCCUGGGUGUCGUUCUUAAGAAUAUUUGGCAAUACUGCAACAGUGACAGAGCAGUAGUAGAGCCCUGUUAAUUGAUACAGUUACAUAUCACAAUAUUAUUUUUGAAUGAUAAUAGAACGAUAUGACUUCAAGUAUAAAUAUUUUUUUGAUACUGUAGGUAGCGUUAGCAAGCGCUAGUCGGUUUUACAGUACCUGCGCCAAAACUCCAGUAUUUUUCAUCCAAUAGCGUGUUCUCCAUCUUCUUUUUAAAGUGAGCCAACAUGCUUUCAGGACUAUUACACUACAUGACCAAAAGUAUGUGGACACCUGCUCGUCGAACAUCUCAUUCCAAAAUCAUGGCCAUUAAUAUGGAGUUGGUCCCCCCUUUGCUGCUAUAACAGUCUUUCCACUAGAUGUUGGAACAUUACUGCGGGUACUUGCUUCCAUUCAGCCACGAGCAUUAGUGAGGUCGGGCACUGAUGUUGGGCGAUUAGGCCUGGCUCGCAGUCAGCGUUCCAAUUCAUCCCAAUGGUGAUUGAUGGGGUUGAGGUCAUUGCUCUGUGCAGGCCAGUCAAGUUCUUCCACACCGAUCUCAAUAAACCAUUUCUGUAUGGACCUCGCUUGUCAUGCUGAAACAGGAAAGGGCCUUCACCCAAACUGUUGCCACAAAGUUGGAAGCACAGAAUUGUCUAGAAUGUCAUUGUAUGCUGUAGCGUUAAGAUUUCCCUUCACUGGAACUAAGGGGCCUAGCCCGAACCAUGGAAAAACAGCUCCAGACCAUUAUUCCUCCUCCACCAAACUUUACAGUUGGCACUAUGCAUUCGGGCAGGUAGCGUUCUCCUGGCAUCUGUCAAACCCAGAUUUGUCCGUAGGACUGCCAGAUGGUGAAGUGUGAUUCAUCAUUCCAGAGAACGCGUUUCCACUGCCCCAGAGUCCAAUGGCAGCGAGCUUUACACCACUCCAACCGAAGCUUGGCAUUGCGCAUGGUGAUCUUAGGCUUGUGUGCGGCUGCUCGGCCACGGAAACCCAUUUCAUGAAGCUCCUGAUGAACAGUUAUUGUGCUGACGUUACUUCCAGAGGCAGUUUGGAAUUUGGUAGUGAGUGUUGCAACCGAGGACAGAUGAUUUUUAAGUGCUUCAGCACUCUGUGGUCCUGUUCUGUGAGCUUGUGUGGCCUACCAAUUCGCGGCUGAGCCGUUGUUGUUCCUAGACGUUUCCACUUCACAAUAACAGCACUUACAGUUGACCGGGGAAGCAGGGCAGGAAUUUGACGAACUGAUUUGUUGGAAAGGUGGCGUCCUAUGGCAUUGAAAGUCACUGAGCUCUUCAGUAAGUCCAUUCUACUACCAAUGUUUGUCUAUGGAGAUUGCAUGGCUGUGUGCUCAAUUUCUCUCUCUGCAGCAGACAUAAAGUGAGCAAUAUGUUUGGAACAUCAAAUCGCAAUUAAAUCGCAGUAUUGAAUCGCAAUACAAAUAGAAUUGUGAGAAUCUUGAAAAUCACAAUACAUAUCGUAUCUGCACCUAAGUAUCGUGAUAAUAUCGUAUCGUGAGGUCCCUGGCAAUUCCCAGCCCUACUGUUAACUGUGUUGGCUAUAACCAAAAGAAUGACACUCUUUCUUCAUCAAUAUGUUCUAAACCCAAACAGGAAACUCGUCAUAGCCGCCCGCACAACAGCCUCGUGUCCCAGUUGGGGGAAUCAUAAAACAAACAAGGAGCAUGUUCCCCUGGAAACUACACUCCCUCUUUAUUAGAUUCUAUUAACAUAAAUUGUGCAAUAGCGUUUUUCCCCAUCCUGUGGUUGGAGACGUGGGGUACUUCUUUCCAGGAACUGGCUUAGUCCUCCAACAGAGUCCAACUAAUGUUUUGGUUUCUGAGAGUGCGGUAGCCAAGGCGACAGCCCCCCCUCCCAGCACUGAAGUGUGGAUAGCAACGCCCUAGUGAUGAGUUCAGCCAAAUGGGUCACUCCGUGUUUGCUCUGCCUUCCUUCAACAAUCCAUCUUGGUGUCUCACGUCUUGCCAGCCAACACAGAGAUGGACGUCCGACCAUGUCAAUAGGGAUGAGGGCGUCUUCAUUUUUUUUCUAACUUUGCUAACAAGAUCUUGUCAUGUUUCCAACGUGACCUGGGCCAUUUUGUAUCCUAUAUCUGACUUUUUCCAACCUCCUUUCAGGACAUAUCAAUUUCUUUCGCUUACUCUUUUAGCACUUAAAAAAAGUAAUAUAUAAUCUAUCUCUUUCUCUCCCUCUUUUGCUCUCAAAGGAUAAAUCACUACCAACAGAAGCUGCAGUCGCUGUACUUCAAAAAGAAGUUUGCAGAGACGAUUGCCGGGAUCAAACCCAAAGUAGAAGGUGUGUGUGAUUGUGUGGGGCUUCUUGGCAAACCCUUACAUAAAAAAACUCAAACACAAUGAGGUCCGCUGUAUCCACACAUACAUACAUACAUGUGAAGUACCCUACCCUACAGUUCAGGUGUCUUUUUUGUUUGGCUCACGUGUUUCUUCCCUCUUCAGCUCUGAUCAAGGCCUCCAAAGAGGUGCUGCACAGCCGCAAUCUGAAGCAGCUGCUGGAGGUGGUGCUGGCCUUUGGUAACUACAUGAACAAAGGCCAGAGGGGCAAUGCCUAUGGCUUCAAAGUGUCCUCGCUCAACAAGAUCGCAGACACAAAGUCCAGCAUAGACAAGUAAGAGGAAGAACUGUGAUUCAAAUUACGAGUGUGAUUCAUGCUGUAGUGAUACAGUCUAUGGAGCAACCUGUUUGCAUGUGUUGUCUGGAGUGGUGUCAUGAUAUGGGUGUGUGCAUAUGUGGCCCAUGCUGUGGUACUAGUGCUGUAAGUAUUGUCUAUGCACAUGCAGGAACAUCACCCUCCUCCACUACCUGAUCACCAUCCUGGAGAAGAAGUACCCCAAAGUCAUGAUGUUCCAAGAGGACCUGCAGAGUGUGCCGGAAGCCGCAAAAGUCAAGUAGGUCGAGCCACAAAGACACCCUCCACAUGUACAGCUCACCAGUGUUUACAUUUAUGGGCCCUUGCUGUCUACUCUCGUUAAAUGUCUUUAGGAAAUGGUUUUCUGUGGUCUAUCAGUCCCAUUGAGUUAAAAUUCACCCUGUAGGUCGCACAAGCCAUUGUAGACACUGCUACAGCACAAACUUCUCAAUGCUGCCAACUGGGAUUUGGGGGAACAGUUGUUCAGAAUGUUUCCUUAGCAUUUGCCUUAAAGGCGGAGAUGAUUAGUGAAGAUAAGCUAAUAUAAUACUGUAUAUACACUGAGUGUACAAAACAUUAUGAACACCUGCUCUUUCUAUGACAUAGACUGACCAGGUCAAUCCAGGUGAAAGCUAUGAUCCCUUAUUGAAGUCACUUGUUAAAUUCACUUCAAUCAGUUUAGAUGAAUGGGAGGAGACAGGUUAAAUAAGGAUUUUUAAGCCUUGAGAUAAUUGAGACAUGGAUUGUGUAUGUGUGACAUUGAGGGUGAAUGGGCAAGACAAAAUAUUUAAGUGCCUUUGAACGGAGUAUGGUAGUAGGUGCCAGGCGCAUCGGUUUGAGUGUGUCAAGAACUGCAACACUGCUGGGUUUUUCACGCUCAACAGUUUAUUGUGUGUAUCAAGAAUGGUCCACCACCCAAAGGGCAUCCAGCCAACUUGACAGAACUGUGGGAAGCAUUGGAGUCAACAUGGGCCAGCAUCCCUGUGGAACGCUUUCGACAUCUUGUAGAGUCCAUGGCCCAACGAAUUGAGGCUGUUCUGAGGGCAAAAGGGAGGGGUGCAACUCAAUAUUAGGAAGGUGUCCUUAAUGUUUUGUACUCUGUGUAUAUACCAUUUAGCAGACGCUUUAAUCCACAUUUUACGUGUGGGUGGUCCUGGGAAUCGAACCCACCUCCCUGGCAUUACAAGCGCUAUUGUUCUGCCAACUGAGCUACAAAGCUACUCUUACCAUAAAAAUUGUGUGGUGAGCUUCCAGCACCUUUGUGGCUGCAUAACUAGCAUCAGAUCCAUUAAUUUAUUCUGUAAGGUCCCUCAGUCGAGCAGUGAAUUUCACACAGAUUCAACCACAAAGACCAGGGAGUUUUCCAAUGCCUCGCAAAGAAGGGCACCUAUUGGUAGAUAAAAAUACAUUUUAAAUAAAAAAGCUGACAUUUAAUAUCCCUUUGAUCAUGGUGAAGUUAAUAAUUACACUUUGGAUGGUGUAUCAAUACACCCAGUCACUACAAAGAUACAGGCGUCCUUCCUAACUCAGUUGCUGGAGUGGAAGGAAACCGCUCAGGGAAUUUCACCAUGAGGCUGAUAGUGACUUUAAAACAGUUAGAGUUUAAUGGCUGUGAUAGGAGAAAAAUGAGGAUGGAUCAACAACAAAUAUUCUAAAACAUGCAGGCACUAAAGUAAAACUUUAAAUGUGGCAAAGAAAUUAACUUUACGUCCUGAAUACAAAGCGGUUUGUUUGGGGCAAGUCCAACACAUCAUUGAGUACCACUCUUCAUAUUUUCAAGCAUAGUGGUGGCAGCAUCAUGUUAUGGGUAUGCUUGUCAUCAGCAAGGACUACAGAGUUUUUUUUGGGAUAAAAAUAAACGGAAUAGAGCUAAGCACAGGCAAAAUCCUAGAUGAAAACCUGGUUCAGUCUGCUUUCCAACAGACACUGGGAGACAAAUUAACCUUUCAGCAGGUCAAUAACCAAAAACACAAGGCCAAAUAUACACUGGAGUUACUUACCAAGAUGACAUUGAAAGUUCCUGAGUGGCCUAGGUACACUUUUGACUUAAAUCGGCUUGAAAAUCUAUGGCAAGACUUGAAAAUGAUUGUCUUGACAAAGCUUGAAGAAUUUAAAGAAAAGAAUGUGCAAAUAUUGUACAAUUCAGGUGUGCAAAGCACUUAGAUGCUUACCCAGAAAGGGGUUGAAUAUAUUAGUUUUAUUUUUCAUAUAUAGUUUUUUACAAAUGUUAGAAUUUUUCUUCUACUUUGACAUUACAGAGUAUUUUGUGUAGAUCAUUGACAAAAAAUGAAAAUUAAAUCAAUUUUAAUCCCACCUUGUAACACAACAAAAUGUGGAAAAAGUCAAGGGGUUUGAAUACUUUCUGAAGGCACAGUAGCUGUGUGUAUAAGCUUACGCCCAGCACAGCUUUCAUUGUAGUAAGGUAAUGAGGCGAGAGGCGAUUGUAGUAGAAAAGUUUGAAUGUAUCAUCAGCGUGUGUCAGUGAAUGGGCUUUUUUACUACUGGGCCUAUGAGUCAGCCUAGCGUCAUCUAAGCAUGUGCUGCCUCUUUUAGCCCCGAGGAACGGAUGUGUGUGUGUGUGUGUGUGUGUGUGAUUGGAUCAGUUGCACUCCAUAAUGCUUCAAUAGUAGAUAUCUGAAGUAAUGGCUCUUUUGAACACACACACACACUCACUGAUGUCAUUCCAUGUGACUGUGUGUAGUAGAAACCUACAAAAAGCGUUUUUCCUCAUUCACUCAUAGAACUCGUGAGCAGUGUUCUGUAAGACUCAGACUACACCACACACAAGUCGUCCAGGUCCUGAGGCAGCAAAGCAUCCCCUAAACCAUCACACUACCACCACCAUGCUUGACCGUUGGUAUAAGGUUUCCUACUGUGGAAUGCACUGUUUGGUUUUCGCCAGCCAUAAUCGGACCCAUGUCGUCCAACAACGUAUACUUUUGACUCAUCUGUCCAUAGAACUUGAGUCUUGAUGAUCAUCCAGGUGCAUCCAAGUGCUUCCAAGUGCUUUUUGGCAAACUUUAGUCAACUUUUUGGACGAGAUGGUUCCCAAUAUGUCUGGCAAAAACCAAAAACACAGCAUUCCACAGAAAGAACCUCAUACCAAUGGUCAAGCAUGGUGGUGGUAGUGUGAUAGUUUGAGGAUGCUUUAAUGCCUCAGAACCUGGAUGACUUGCCUUAAUAGAAGGAACCAUGAAUUCUGCUCUGUAUCAGAAAAUUCUACAGCAGAAUAUCAGGCCAUCCGUCUGUGAGCUGAAGCUGAAGCGCAGCUGGGUCAUGCAGCAAGACAAUGAUCCAAAACACACAAUCAAGUCUACAUGAAAAUGGUCCAAACGUAAUCCCAAUUGAGAUGUUGUGGCAGGACUUGAAACAAGCAGUUCCUGUUUGAAAACCCACAAAUGUCACUUAGUUAAAGCAGUUCUGCAUGCAAGUGUGCCAAGAUUCCUCCACAGCGAUGUGAGGGAUUGAUCAACAACUACAGGAAGCAUUUGGUUGCAGUCAUUGCAGCUAAAGGUGGCACAACCAGUUAUUGAGUGUAAGGGGGCAAUUUAAUUUUCCACACAGGGGAAUUGGGUGUUGCAUAACUUUGUUAAUUAAAUAAAUAAAAUAAGUAUACAUUUUUGUUAUUCGGAAACUCAGGUUCCCUUUAUCUAAUAUUAGGGUUUGGUUGAAGAUCUGAUAACAUUCAGUAUCAAAAAUGUGCAAAAAUAGAGAAAAUCAGAAAGUGGGCAAAUACUUUUUCACUGCACUGUAUUUCUAGAUUGAAACAGUUCUAACUAGGGUAACACCAUGGAUGUGAAAAACACUGUUUAGUUGGUAGUGUGAUGUUGUGUGAGAACUUUUUGUGAGAACAAGCUUUGCAAUUGAAGAGCUCUCUUGACGAUUUAACCUAUCUCUCUCUUUCCCUCUAUCUCUCUCUCUCCCUCUAUCUCUCUCUCUCUCCCUCUCUCUCCCUCUCUCUCUCUCUCUUUCCCUCUAUCUCUCUCUCUCCCUCUCUCUCUCUCUCUUUCCCUCUAUCUCUCUCUCUCCCUCUAUCUCUCUCUCUCUCCCUCUAUCUCUCUCUCCCUCUCUCUCUCUCUCUCUCCCUCUCUCUCUCUCUCUCCCUCUAUCUCUCUCUCUCCCUCUAUCUCUCUCUCUCCUUCUCACUGUAGCAUGACUGAGCUGGAAAAGGAAAUCAAUAACUUGCGCAGUGGCUUGAAAAACGUUGAGAGUGUGAGUACAGUAAUUGGCCCGGUCUUCAUCCUAAUUCCCUUGCUGUCGUCUCAUUUUCUACCAAUCCACACGUUUUCUUCAUUCAUGACCCUUUUCAAUUUUUCUCUUACUUUCUUUCUCUUGUCCUCUUUCUCUUGUCCUCUUUCUCUUGGUCUCUAUGAUUUUGUUUUCUCAAUUCCUAGUACGUCACUCCCAAUGGAAUGUGGAUCAGGUUGGGGUCAAUUCUAUUUCUAUUCCAGUCAAUUCAGAAAGUACACCAAAUUCCAAUUCCACAUGUUCCUCAGUGAAAAGUAUUGACGAGAAUCGGAUUUUCAGUCUACUUUCUGAAUUUACUGGAAUUGAAAUGGAAGUAAUAAUAGCUGUAGUCAGUAGCAACCCUGAUGUGGACUAUCCUGCCACCAAGGCAACCACUGAAUAUUCUCCCAGGUAUCAUAGUCCACAUCAUUGACAGACCUAAAGGCAAGAGAUUGUUUUGCUUGAGAGCAAAUUUAACAGAGCAAUUGGAAAAGUAAGCUGGAAUUCUAGGGAUAUCACUUCUAAUUAUAAAAAGGUAAAAAAGCAAACAAUGGGUGACCAAGUUAGUUGCACAUUUUUUCCCCUCUGCUCUUUCACUCACUUUUGCUCUCUCUCUCUCUCUCUCUCUCUCUCUCUCUCUCUCUCUCUCUCACUCUCUCAAUGUCCUUUUCUUUUCUUCCGCUCUGUCAGGAGUUGGAGUUUCAGAAGAAGCGGCCCCAGGAGGUGGGCGAUAAGUAUGUGUCAGUGGUGAGCCAGUUCAUCACUGUGGCCAGCUUCAGCUUCUCGGAUGUGGAGGAUUCUCUCACCGAAGCCAAAGAGCUGGUGAGUGUGUGUGUGUGUUUUUAUAGGGCCAUGUGGGAGUCUAAGAAGCUGUGCUUCCAUAUCCAUGCCUACAUGUAUAUCUGACUGAGUGUGCCAGUCUUUAGUCUCUGAUUGUGUUAGGGGAGUUUGUAUGCGUGCCGUGUGUGCUGCAGAUUAGGGCUGCCUCAGUUUCCUCAUAAGGUACAGUAGCUGUUGAAACAGGCCUCCGUGACCCCUCUGGCCACCCCCUGCGAGGUGUGAGAGUAACAUCAGCACAAGGCAUGCUGGGAGCUUCCUGUGCUGCCGCCCCUGGCUUCAUUAUUGGUCCCUACGGGGCCUCAAGAGACUGGGAGAGGAAACACGCCUGGAAAUGCUGGCUCCGGCUCCAAUUAAACUGUUGCAUUUUUCUAUAACAUGCAAAAUUGUGCACUUUUUUAAAAGUAUGCUUUGAGAUGCUAUAGAGAUUUUAUGUUUGCUUGCAGAUGUUAAAUAUGGUGAGGCGGUGCUGUGCGGAUCCUCAGGCCACAGAAUAUCUCUGGUUGUAGUGAGCCAUAUACACAGGACCCAAACAGACCCAAAAUGCCCCUCUCCCCCAACCCCAUCACACCACCCACCGGCACCUGUAGCGUUGCAUGCCCCAUAUGGCAGCGAUGAACUCGCAUCAAAGGCAUAGUGGGAAGAGCAAAGUUACAGGACCCCCCCCAGGUGCCCCCCACUUCACCCCAUACACAACAACAAACACACACGCACACAGUUCUCAUUUCUGCCCUAGGCCCAGGUUCACCAGCUGUAAUCAGUAGCACAUGAAAUGUAAGUUAAUGAGGGCUUCAAAGCCUUGCUACUGCUGCUCAGCUACCAAGGGAGCAGGACAUCACUGUUUUACAGUAGAACAGGACCCUAACCCCCACUGUCGUUGUUGUGUUUGUUGGUUUCAAACCCUAGCAUUAGAAGGCUUCCUUCCUUCCUUUUAAUGACGUGUUAAUAAUAUGACACCAAACACAUAUAAUCAAGGUAGUGGGUCAAAGAAGAGGAGCUGACACUACUACAGACUCAUUUACUGUCGUUAUAUGUCUGGAGAAUCCGCACUGUUCUCAAUUUCCUAACCCACAACAAUUAACUCCUGGUUACAUGGUUAGGACUUGUUUUGUCCUUUUGGUUUUUGCAAGCUAUGCUCAAUGCAGUUGUUUGUGAUGGGUGGUUGUUCUGUGUGGUUACAGUUGUUGUUGUUCUGAAUAAAUGACAGUAUGUCUUUCUAGUAGUUGUUCUGUGUGUGUCUGUGCGUUGGUUGGUUGGUUGGUUGGUUGCAAAGCGCUGGCGUUUAUUUUGGCCCUGCUGCUGCAUCAUAAAGCUGAUAAACGGUUUGCCGUAAUGGUACUGUCGUUGAUUCUGUAGUAACAUCCUCUGAUAACGCAGGUCACACUGAUUUAAACACGUCUUGGGAAACCAAGCUCCGAUGUAGAUACAGUAUAUUCUACUAUGGUCAAUAUACUCACAUUUCUUCUCUGGUCAAUAUACUCACCUUUCUUCUACAAUGCUCUCAUUGGUAUUGUAAACCAAUGUUUGGCCAAGAACAAAUGCCUGUGUGGAUCAGAAAUAACUAUACACACACUACCAGAAAUAGCAGUACUUAAAGUCAGAACAUAUAGCCAGAAAUGGCUGUAUGUUCACAUUGUUCUCGGGUCAGAGGUGGUUGCAGUAAAAAACAGUUCUAGGGCCAGUGAAUGUUUUAGUGAAUCUCUUCUCAAUCCCACAGUUCCUGAGGGCGGUGAAGCAUUUUGGUGAAGAUGCCGGGAAGAUGCAGCCGGACGAGUUCUUUGGCAUUUUCGACCAGUUUCUGGUGUCGUUCGCUGAGGCGCGUCAGGAAAAUGAGAAUAUGCGCCGACGCAAGGAUGAGGAGGAGCGCAGGGCAAAGAUGGAGGCUCAGGUGUGUACAUACCUGCUAAUCCUGAAUUUAAUUCAGAAUUCCCCUGACAAUUCUCCCUUAUUUCAAAAUCUGUGUGCAGUAUUGAUGUCGCAUUUAGUGCUAAAGAUCGCAACCUCAUUUCAUUAUGGAUUUAAGUUACAGCUGUAAGGGUGAACAUCACAUUAUCACAACCAAUAAUUACAAUUUUAUUACAUCAGAUAUGUCCCCAGGGCAAUUUUCAGAUUUUACAUUUUCCCUCAAAAGUGGUCUUGAGUCUUACCAAUUUCAUAUUCCAUGGCAUUUGCUGAUUAGAUUGCAUAACAUGCAUUAGGAGAGAUCUGUAGGAAUAUAUUUCAGAUGAAUGGGAAAGAAUGGUCCCAUCCAAAAUCAGCUUGCCCGCUUUGAGUCCUUCAACCUGUUCAUCUGGCAAAAAGCCUGAUGUGUCCUUUCAUUCAAGUACAGAAAUCAGAUAAAAUGCUCAAUUAGAUUAAGAAAUGUGCGUCAUGCACAGAAUGAUUGAACAUCAGUCUUUUUCAUCAGGAUAUUGGGCUGGAUAUGUUGGCACUCCUGGUACAAGCCUUGCUCUUGGCUGGUACAAGCCUGGCACACAAGCCCAUUUGCUUGUGAACACACUCGACAAUGGCUAAACUAGCUACAUCCAAACGUCCCAUGGCUCAAGAUCAUAUUGGCAUGUUUAAUGCCAGUUUGACUGAUACAUGGCAUGUAGUCAAUAUGCAGAACACAAGGUUGACAGGUGGAAAUGAGGUGCUUUUUGGAAAAUAUCACAUCAGCUUUUGUUGUUACACCAUUUUACCAAUACCCCUUUUUCGUCCCCCAUAUCUUUCUGUCUUUCCUGUCAUGAUCUCGCCAUAUUUCCACCUACCCUACGUUUCUGUCUCUCUCGCUCUCUUAGCUGAAGGAGCAGAGAGAGAAGGAGCGGAAGGCACGGAAAGCGAAGCCCAGCGGCGAGGACGACGGCGGAGAGUUUGACGACCUGGUGUCGGCACUGCGCUCCGGCGAGGUCUUCGACAAGGACCUGUCCAAGAUGAAACGCAACCGCAAGCGCAUCAACAGCCAGCCAGAUACUGGCAGGGAGCGGCCAGUCACCAAGCUCAACUUCUGA